UCAGAUCAGUGUGUGAAUGUGAGUCUGAACAAACUCUGGAUAGCGGGCGCUAAGAGACCUACGAGGACCUGUAGAGAGGAACCUGAUCCACAGCGACUCCCCGACAGGUACUAAUGGUGUGUGUACAUUUGUACAAGUGUUUAUGUUUUAGUGUGUGUUUGUGGACCUGCAUCACCUCUGCUGUGUGUAAGAAGUGUUGACAUACCUGCAUUAUGAGGACGCUUGUCUUUAAGAGGAGUAAACUCGGGUCCUCGAGGUUGAAGUCAGUGAGUUUAAAGAAAAGACGUGGAUAAAGUUGAAUAAAGUGCUGGAGAAUGAAGGUAUGUCAGUGUGCAUGUGAAAUGAUGGAGACGCAACUUUAAGUGUGAGAGUCAGAGUUGGUUUAUACACAUAUCAGGAUUUUGUCUCGGGGAUUUGGUGCAAAAAAAAUCAAUGAAGAAGCAGAAAAAACUUCAUAUCAGACAGAAGCUUCUGCUACACUUUAAACAGAAUAAGACAAAAACACAUAAAUGAAAAAAAAAGUUGAUGCAUUAAUGUAAAACUAUCAUGAAGUGUCUUCAAAUCUCUUCACUAGGUCUAAGGCGUCUUUUUUUUAACUUUUAGUACUUAUUUAACUUUUGGAAAUACAUUCUUACUUCUGUUUUCUUAAAUGAGGCAGGUGCACAACGUUUGUAAACUUUUUCUAUUUUAUAUUUUCAAGAUAGAAAGCAAAAAUACUCAGGCUGAUACAUUCUCAUGAAGAAGCUGCAGCUUUUAUUCAAAUAAUAAGAAAAGUGAAAAAAAUGUAAGAAAGGAAUAAAAAACCCUGAACCUUUUACCUUAUUUGUUUGCCAAACACUUUACCAAGUUCCCUUCUCUAUCCGCUGUUGCAGCCUCUGAAUUAAAGCACAAAAAUAUUCAAGGAAAAAUUAAAGCAGAAUUAAUCAAAUCGAGUCGACUAGAGGAAAUUUGACGGAGUGAUGCUCCAGUACUCGCAAAAAUCUGACUACAGGAGCUUUUUCAAUCAGAUUACUGUACUUAGAUUAUUAUAAUUAGUCAUUUCUUCAUUUUUUUCUUAUAUAACAUCAUAUGUUAACGACAAGAUGUUCCAAUUUAAUUUAGCAGAUAUUUGAGAGAUGUACUUUAGUUUUCAAUAUGAUAAAAAGAGAGCAGAAAAACAUGAAACUCAAUAAAAAAAUUAUAAAAAAUACUGUUAUAAAAGAGAGCAGGAAAGCAUGAAACUCAAUAAAAAAUUUCAAAAAAAUAUUUCAAAAAGAGAGCAGGAAAGGAUGAAACUCAAUUAAAAAAAUUCAUACAAAAAUAAAAAAAAAAGAGUAGAGAAGUGUGAAACUCAUUAAAUAAUAGUAAUAAGUACAAUAAAAAGAGAGCAGGGAAGCAUGAAACUAAUAAAAAAAUAAAUUGAAAACAUUAUAUAAAAAAGAGAGAGCAGGGAAGCAUGAAACUUAAUUAAAAUAAAUAAAUAAAUAAAAAUACAAAAAGAGAGCAGGGAAGCAUGAAAGCCAAUAAAAAAUAUAUUUUUUAAUAUUUUUAAAAGAGAGAGAGAGCAUGAAAGACCCCGGGGGAGCAGAAUAGAGCAGGUCUGAGUGACGAUACAUAUGAAACUGUUAGAAGCAGACACUGACGUUAGGAUGAGCUGUUGUACUGUGGCUGAACUUGACCUGACCGGAUCGCCUGAACUAACACUAAAUCAGUUUCUUUAUCUAAAAAGAGACAGACUAACCAAUAAUCCAAAAAGGUGGAUUUAAAGUCUUUCCUACUGGCAUGUUUUCGAUGUAGGGAAGGGAAAAUUAGAUUAAUGCAGGUAUAUAGUGAUUAUAGCUACAUUUAGCAAGUCAGACAGAAAUUUUGCAAUUUUUCCUUCACAUCUGUAGAUUUUUUAGCCACUAAGACGAAAAUAUGAAGUUUGUAUAUUUGUGUUUACAGUCCAGGUGACUCCACUCUGACACAGUAGGUCUGCAAACUGCCUGAGGACCUAUUAGUACCUCCUCUUUGUUUACGCACAUCCUCCUCUGUGAGUGUGUGGGAGUGUGUGUGUGUGUGUGUGUGUGAGGACCCGUGCACGCUAACACACACUCUGGGCUCGUGUGUGAUUUGUUUCUGAGAGCAGCGUAAUGAGAGCUGCUGCUGCUGCUCCUGUUUAAUUUGUUGUCAACAAAACGUGGGUCAGAAUAAUGUGAGGAUAAUGUUCCUUCAUUAGAGAGAGUCAUGGAGCCGCGGCCGGAAUACAGAACAUUAUUUAUGUCUUUAUACGCCGACGAUACGAGAGGAAAACACAAUAAAUUAGCUUUUGUUUUUAUGAUGAGAGGAAAAAAACAACUUUAAACUCUUUUUUUUCAGCAUAUUUUAUAUAAAUAUUAAAAUUAAAAGUUUCUGGCGCCAUUUUUUAUAACACUAAUCCAGUAAUUUGUGCACAUUCUAUAAAUUGCGUAACACACGGUCUCCAGAAUGCAGCACAGAUGAGAGCAGUAAAGCAUAAAGCCGAAUCAGGCCACGGUUUGUGCUCCAGUGAUUUAUUUAUACCUGAAUAAAGAGCGUCUGUUAAUGUAUUGAAUCAAACUGGUGAAGCAGCAGCAGCAGAGGCUUCAGGGCAGCAGAGGGAGAGGGAUUAAAGCUGGAGAACAUACUGUACAGUAUAUCAUCAACGGGGGAAACGCUCAACACAGGACUCACUUUGACUUCCUGCCAGGAAAUUUAGAGAAGAUGGCUUAUCUGUGACUUUCUGAGUUGGAAUAAAGAGUAAAGGGGUCUGAUGCGAUGCAGCUGGAAUACAGAGAUUAAUCACGUCUAAAAAUAUGUCCAUUUACUCAAAGUUAAUGAUGUUUACAGUGUGUGAAAGUUGCAUGUGAGGAAUUCACAUUUUAAUGUUUCGAUAUGAAGGUUGAAGUGAAAUGAAACUCAAAACAGGACGUGUUUAUUCGCUGAGCAUUUAUCUGUCCUAUUGACUGAAUGGAAAUGCAAAAAACGGCCGAACUUCGACCCUUGUCCUGCGCCUAAAACACCUCCAGGAGGCUCAAUAGUUAGCUCUGUCAUCCUGUAACCACCCCUCUCCACACUUUUACGAUCCUUAAUGCUAAAAAUCUAAGAGAAAAGAGAUCGGACGAAGAGUUUGAAGAAAGAUGACGGAGGUCUGGCCGUACACUCCACCUCCCCCUACAAACUUUUAUAUACUUAUAUUUAUAGGGGAGGAGAUAAAGAAGAAGAGUUAGGUCAGAAACCUGCAUCCGGAACAGCUCCGAUCUGGAACAGCAGCGAUUUAUGCCGUCCGCCAAUUCCUUUUCUUUUAACAGCUGUAGUAAAAAUGUUUGUUACUCUGCGUUUGCCACUCGUCCUUCGCCACUUCCUUUCUGUUCUGUUAUGAUUUUGACUCAUAUGCUGACCAACUAAGCAACAGACUAACCCUGGAUUUCCACCGCAACCAGAACAGCAGCGAUUUUCGCCAACAGGCAGUUCCUACCGGAUCCGUUUGUGAGGCGAACUUCGUGGUGGAUUACGGAUAGCAAGAAUCGUGAGAACUCACAAGAAAUUGCAGAUUCACAUGCAAUCGCACGAUAACAAGUUGUCUUUAGCCACAUAGUUUAACCAUAUAAGCAGUAGAUUGUGUCCUUCCAGAGGAGGAAAUCUACUUCUAGACUUCUAGAAUCAGCAUCUAAACAUCUAAAAACCUUUCACUUCUUCGUCCUCACCUGUUUGCAUGGUGUGAAAUACCGGAUGUUUUAUUUUGUGUCUGUGCCCGACUUCCUUUCCAGCACGGGUUAAUCUGUGCUGAAUUUAUCCACCAUGCUCUGGCGUCUGGAAAAAAUAGAACUCUUAUGAUCAGCUGUGGAGUCCGGCGAUCUGCAAUGGAACGGAAAGAAGUCGGUGUAAAUUGACAUAUUAACUUGAAUGGUUACGAUCAGCAGAUACGACCUUUUAGUAGCCGUUCCGGAUGCGGUGGAAAUCGCCUGUAAGACUGGUUUGCGCUCAAGUCCUCUUUUUUCUGUGAAGCUCCAUUUUUAAAACUUAUUAGGAGGUUCAUGUUUUCUACGAUUGACACUUGAUACAGCCUUUGAGCGUACGAAGAUUGCGUAGCUCACCCGGGGGAAACACAAUUCUCCCGCCAAAUGCGUACAACGCUACCACGCAAGUGGUGGAAUGUGGAACCAAGUUGUCCAUAGUAUAUACAGUCUAUGGUAGAGGCAACAAAAGCAUUCUAGUUUCCGUGGAGUUUCACGGGCACUUUUAGUUUCAUGUGAUAAAACCAGCUAUUUUGGCGGGAAUCAGCCCCCAACUCCCCUUCGACCCGGCAGGAAGAGCGUUGUACAAUCCAGAACAUCAAAUAUCGUCGCGGUUUCUCGUAACAAAAGUCCUGAUUCUUUUUUAAUGAAACAAAACACACAGUAGCCCGCUUCUGUCAGGGUCCAUUGUUCCUCAAAUUAACCAGCAGACUUCAGUGGGAUAAAUCUGUCAGCACCAUUGUGGACUGAGCUCAGUGAAUCAUUUAACGUCCGGAAAUUUGGAGCCGCUGAAGGCCACUUGAGACCUUUUAGAGGUACGGGUUUAAAAGCCGAGCUGCUUUUUGUUGUGAUAAAAGCAUGACUCGUCAUUUCUAGCAAAGCCACGCUAAUGUUUUCAGGGAGGCGGUUUAGCUUUAAAAACCCCGGAGGAGAUUUCACACAACAAAGUACCACCUGCUGAAACUCUCAGACUCUUCCUCCAUCGUUUCUUCUCUACUCUGAUCACAUAUUUGUCUUCUCCCAUGGGUGCUCCUCCUGCUCAUUAUUUCUCUACGCUCUCGUCAUUAACCUCGUCCUCCCGUCCCGCCUCAGUUUCCAGUUAAUAGAGCGUUAAUGAAGCGGAGAUAAAUGAGAUCACUCGCUCUCAUUCAGCGGGAGGAAGCGACGAGGUUGUUUAUAAACCUUGAAUUACUGAGAGCCAUAAUUGUGUCCGACAUUUACAUAAUAAGUGGAUAUUUUCAUUACUGUGGGGACAUUUUAAUUCUGCUUCUCCUCCCGCUCUGCCUUCUCUGUAUUUAUCUAACGUCCAAAAACAGAGCGUGGUUUGGCCUGACUAAGGCUUUUAUCGGACUAUCUCUUUGCAGAUCUGUUUUCUUUCUCCUCUUUCCUACCUUUUUCGGCAAAGACAGGUCUAUAAGAAGGUGGAGUGUGCAGUCUAAAGCAUCCAUAACCGGUCUACCUCCUCUGACUUUACUCAGUACUUCUUGAUCCUUUGUUGAAAUCUACUCCAGUGAACGUUGGAGAGUAGGGGGCAGUAAAGUGCACAGCCUAGAUUGGCAAAGCUUAACCCCCAAUUUCAACUUGAUAUCACGCGAUUGCUGGUGAAUCUGCGGGUUCUUGUGAGUUCUCGCAAUUCCUGCUGUCCGGAGGCAGGAUCCGUUACCUAUACUGCAGCUCGUCACCAGAGGGUGCUGUUCUCGAGGUGGCAUCACCUAGCGAGGAGGUGUUGCUUUAAACUGGCUGGGCCAUCCAGUUGCGCGAAUCACUUGCCGUUCCUUCCCACAACAGUCUGGACUUCCGCCAAUUGGGAGUGAUCCGUUACAGUAGUCUGUCUAUCAAGGAAAGUACUCCCGCCCACUUUUAGGGCUCCCAAUUGGCCGAAGUCCAGACUGUUGUGGGAAGGAACGGCAAGUGAUUCGCGCAACUGGAUGGCCCAGCCAGGCUAGCGUUGCUUUGCUUAUCGGUUGUCCUGUGUUCAGUUACUUUUGUCUGGUUGCCAUUGGUUUCGCUGGGUUCGGGUCACGUGGGCGCUGUGUUUGAAAGACGGUAGGUUAAACAAGACUACGAGAAACAAUACAUGGUUACGAUGGCGCAAGGUGGGUAUAUACAAUGAACGCCGAACAGUUGUCAGUCCAGGGUGGGUGGGGGGUGCCGCACGUUUGUUGGUCCGAUGUUUUAAUCGCAUGAUUCCAUGUUUUACCGAUUUUAUUAAUAAACUGUAUGAUCAUUGUAAUCAUUAAUAAAAUAAAUCUACGCAUGCCUAGAGAGAAACGAAGAAGCAAAUGGCGGGAGACAAUACGCCGCCCUCCAAACGCGAGGUAACUAGCAUACUGACCACCGCCCUCUCCAGCGCUGCUUCCGUUUUUCGUAUUCUGUGCAAGAUGUACGGUUACAUGCUGCCACUCCGACAUCUUAGCAUUCCGAUAUCCCGCCACUCCUACGUCUCACCAUUCCGACGCAGUUCGUCAUUUAAUCCCCGCCGAACCCGCACAGAGGGCUCCGCAGCCGACCAUAGCAGACAAGAGCUGUCGGAAUGACGGGACAUUUGAUAGCAUGGUAACAUACCGCCACUCCGACAAUUAGAGACCAAUGUCGGAAUGGCGGGAUGUCGGGUACCCCCCAAGAUGUACAUAACAACUCCAUCCUACACAAUCUCCUUUUUUCUUUUGUUUAUCGUUAUCGGCAUAAACUUCUGACUCCGGGCUUCUUUCUGUGCUUUUAUUCUGAAAAGUCAUGGCUAGAGGGGCGUGGUUUCAGCAAUACCCGUCUCGUCUCACCUGCGCCGGGGUUGAGAGGUGAGUCUAGGUAGCCGUAAUUUUUGUUGACCGCGCUUUACGUUCUUUGUUUGCGAUGAUACACGACGCAAAGUUAACACGUAUUAUAUCCGAUGUCACAUGUAAAUCGUUGGCGACUGUGGAAGCGUUUUGUCUGUUAUUGUUUUUAAAUAAACAAGACCUAUCCUCUGCCUCGAGUGACCUUUUUAAAGGUACCAGGAAAGCCGCAAUACAUUCUACAUAUGCGUCUAUCUAUGGCCUCUACCAAUGGAGCCAAACCAGACAUCGUAUUAGAUAAUAGUUGAGGACUCUUACGCAACAAAUUCUGUGUUUGGAUGAGGACGAGCCUGUCCCGGUAAAUCUUUGUUUUUGGGUCGUUGAACUCCCCUGUCCUCUAUCUUCCUGUCUGCUUUGUUCUCCGUGUGGUUUGACUUGUCCUCCUCCUUCCUGGCAUUGAGAAAAAAACCACAAUUGGAUGAAAAAGGUCCAAACAAGGUAGAGGGACCUCGACUUCAAUCGUCGCAUUAUCUGUUUUAAGUUUUUUUUCGCCGUCUUGGACGUUUGCCCGCCCGCUCCAGAGAAACCAAAUGUCACAUUUGUUUUUCGUUUGAUCUCAGAGAUAUUCAGCUGAACAAUGUUUUGUUUCUUAUGAGAUAAAAACCAUCUGUCAAUGCUGUUGAAAACCACAAACUCUCUCGGUCUUUGUCGGCCAGGAUUGCUCGAAAAUAAUCUGAUAAAACGCGGUAACAGUCACGGUAUAUUAUCGUAUUAAAAUGCAGCAUUUCUUGGGUUUAGAUGAAUAUUUGCGAUAAAAACAAAAGAGCCAAACAAAACUGGAAGACCACACAAUCCUCAAGAGUUCCAGCGUUUAGGUUAGAUGUAUUUUUGACAUAUAAAUCCUCGUCAAUCAGAGCUAAGAAGACAAACAUGACAUAAUGUAAAGGUUUCCUUUCCUUUAACAGACUGACCGUGGGUAAAGACACUUAGCCUAAAUGUCAACUCUCACCAGUGGCAUUUAAAUCCUCCAAAAAACACACUCCCAUGGCGCUCUUUAGAGAAAUGUAUGUCACCCGUCGGAGGCCUCACAAACCUCUGCGGACGCCUCUCAUCCACUCUAAACCGCACAAUGAUCGUCUGGUUACGUUUAACAUUAAGGCCAAAGCAAUUUUCUCCAAUCAUGCUCGGCUCUGUGAGCUGAGGCCGGCUAGAUUAUAGACAUGAGAUACACAUGUGGAAGUAAACAUACACACUCAUAUACAGAAGGGGAAAAAAGCAUAGAGAGUCAGGCAGUUAUUGUAAAUGACCAUGAAGGGUUGGUAUGUUUCAGUCGGAGGCGGAGAGAUAAGGCUGGAGGCUGAUUGCUGACAAAGGGGUGAUUAUAGAAACGGAGUUCUCAGCUACAAGGAGCAGUGUUGCCAACUGCCGUAAAAGUCGCUACAAGUCGCUCGAUAGCAGAGGUGGGGGCUUGACGACUCGACUCGAGACUCGACUUGGACUUGAGUCCCGUUUUUUAAUUUGCUUGAUGAAAUCAAGAAAUGACUUGGACUCGCUUGGGACUUGUUUGCUAAAGACUUGAGACUUGACUUGACUUGAGCCCAGUGACUUGAAAAGUCAAGUCAAGUCUUUUCAAGUCACUUAAUACCUUUCAGCCCAAACUUGGACUUGCAACAUAAGGACUUUCCCCCACCUCUGGUAGAUAAUGUCAUCGCCUAAUUUGCAUAAUUUCUCCGUCAAACCCACUGUCGCCACCGACCCCACCCAACCCCUGGCAGAAGGAGGAGGAGGAGUCUUCUGUGGGGUGUCUGAGUGUCUUUAUUUUUGAUGCCCUCGUUAAGAAGAGUAACAUCUAUUCCUGCGUUUAUGUUGGAGUCUCUAAACUCCAGAAAAAGUCGCCAGAUUUGUCGCUAGGCGCUCUUUUUGAAAAUAAGUUGCUAGGGGGUCUGAAAAGUCACUAGAUUGGCAGUUUUACCCGAAUAGUUUUUAAAGUGGUUAGAUUUAGGGUUAGCUGGUUGAGCCAGUUUGCUAGCUAGGUCGCAUAUUAAAUGCUAGUUUAAGAAAUAUGUUUGCGCUUGGUAUUUGUAUUAUAGCAUUGACUGUUUGAAACUAUAGUUUUGCAGUUCUUGAUUCUUAUUGGUCCAGACCCCAUAGCAACAGUCUGCUCUUUCUAGACAGCACACCGUUGCCAUGGAUACAGCUGUAAUCACAGACUUUCGUGAACCAACUUGUAAAGAAAGGAGAUAAAAACUGUGGCGAAAAGGUUGAAGACAAAAACUGUGGCUCAUCGGAAAUCUGCACAAUUAACACAGAAGUUUGUCGUCAGCAGAUAUGAUCGACUAAAGACGACCCAGCGACCACAACUAGGGAUUGAAGGAGAAGCUGAGUCAUUAACAUGCAUUUGUGCUUGACGCCUCAAACUUGAUGCUCAGAGUUUCUCCCUAAGUUCACAGGAGGGCUUUCAACACAAAAACAGAAAACGCACACAUAUUUUACAAACACAUUUUUGGCUGAACCGGUCGCGACACACAGACCCUCAGAUCUUUAGUGUUUCUGUCUGGUUCUGGUUAACCCGUGACCGCUGAAUCCCUCAGAAACUCUCUCACCUCUCACUCAGGCGCACGUUCGCUUUUUCAUCCUCCGUCCUGUUUUUCAUUAGUCAGUCGGUCUGUCACUGUCCCCGUUUGCUCUGUGCUAAAGAUUCGUCUCAGUAAACAGUGGAAGGAGGUCACUGAAAAUUAAAGAUGUGGACAUACUACGUCUGUUUUUCACUAUCAGAUGACGAGUUGUGCUUUCAUAUCUUAAGAAAAGGUGCCACUCUGGUUGUUGGUUGAAAUUAAAUCAAUUUUGAGGAGCUGGAACUUUAAGAUGUGUAUCUGAACAUUUCAUUUACUCUCUUGUACUCUGAUAGUGGGUCAGUUUCCGCUUGCUCUCUUAGAUCGAGAUCUCAACUUCUGCAUCAUGUUAUCUUGAGAUGACACGCUCCCCUGACAACGUGCAUCACCGUCACCAUCAGAUGAUCGUAACUCAAAUUCCCAGAACAACAUUGAAAGGCUUUACUUUUCUCUGUAGUGCUGUUGAUGGCAGCAAAGCCUGUCGUUGGUCUUAGAAAUCAAAGUGACUAGCCUAUUUUUUUUUGUUAUCACGAGAAAACAAGAUCUGUUAUCGGACAAAGUGAGAUUAAUCGGCCUGUCAUGGUGGGAAAACCAGCUUUGUUAUCCCAAAGUAAGAAGGAAAGUGAGUCAAGCUCUCCGGUGUGAAACUAAAAAAAAGAAAAGAUAAAACAACUAUUAACUGAGUCAUUCAAGAACCAGUGUCAUUUUAAUAAAUGGGGAAAAGUCAGAAUAACCCCAGAAAUGCUUGAUAUUUGGUUGAAUGGUAAAUGAAAUAUAUGGACUUCAACCAGAACUUGAUGUAACCAAUAAUCUGUCCAUAAAACCCUAAAAUGUGCGGUGUCAAUAUGACCAUAUUACUGCUCCAAACUGAUAUUCUAAAUUUGCAAUAAUUACAAUUCCAGGUUAGAUCACCUAUGAUAAUGAUACGAUAAUGAUAUCAUGAAGAUAUUCACGGAAAACAAAAAAUAAAACCGGUCAACUUAAGGAAGGCCAGACAAGAGAGGAGUCCAAUCCAAAUUCCUGAUUUAUCAUCAGCCCUGUGACUGAAACUAUUAUCAGUAAACAAUUAUUAAUAGGGCUUUUAUUUUGAUAUAUUUUCUGUCUGGCUUUUUGGUUGCUUUAUAGCUGACAUCUUCUAACUGUACUUUUAUUUUGAAGUAUGCUACUUCCAGUAAAUCGUAAAUCAAAGAACCGAAUGAAAAUGGUAAAAAAAAGCAGUAAGAAAGUUUGAAUGUUCAGUUGAUGAGCAACUAGAAGAGUCACAAGCUCAAUCGUUGUUUUUGAAUUCUCAAUCAAAUUUGGUACUAAAAGUACUGAAUCAUCUUUCAAACAGUUGCUACAGCUAGCUGGCUAGCUGUCCGCUACUUCUUCUUCAUCGAUCCUGUAUUUUCUAAUGUGUGGUAACCAGGAGAAAGAACCACUACAACUUAUUACUGUCUGCUUAAUUUUUGCAGAAUAUCCAUUUUUUUCAGAAAGAUGACAAAAAUAGUUCCAAAUACUUUUCGUCAUCUGUGCUAUCAGCUACAAUUUUUGCAGAUUAUUUGACACAAAGAAAAUAGAAGUCUAGAAGUAGAUUUCCUCCUCUGGAAGGACACAAUCUGCUGCUUCUAUGGUUAGAGACAACUUGUUAUCGCAGGAUUGCACGUGAAUCUGCGGGUUCUUGUGAGUUCUCGCGAAUCCUGCUGUCUGUAAUUUGCCACGGAAUUCGCCUCACAAACUGAUUCGGUAGGAAUUGGCGUAAGGCAGAAAUCGCCGCCGUUCCGGAUUGGAGCCGUUCCGGAUGCAGUGGAAAGCCCAGGUUAAGCUGUCAGAUAAACUUUGUCAAAUAUAAUAUAAUAAAACUUUGAAUGUGUUUUGAAAUUUUCUCAAAGUGCCAGUUUAAGACAUUUCAGACUCCUCGCAUACGUUGUUAUUUCGCAGAAAGAUCUCCAUGGAAAGUUGCCACAUUGAAGAGAGUUGAAAUUGCAUCUGUGACGUUUUCUUUAUCCUCCACACACUGCAGACUCGAGUUUCAUCCCCUCAAAGCAUCCUCUCCCUUCAGAUAAAAGUGUCCACUCAAAUCUAUGGAGUAUUUAUCAAGUUAGAGCUUCAAAGGAAAACCACCAUUUCAGACCACAGGGGGAAAAGUUCACACAACUUCCAGCCGUCCACAUGGGAAUAAUUGAAAACGCUGUACUGUACUAACAACAGUUGUGUUCUAUUUAUUUGUCAGCGUGUUGCGUAGCAGCAGUUCAGUCAGUGAUGAAUGGAUUUCACAAGACCCCAGAGCCCUGCAGUAAACAAUGGAGCAUGAGAAAGAGUUUGUGCGGUGGAGGAAGUAUUCAGAUCCCUCGGUGAAAUUAUUAAGAAUGAUAAAAAUAACUUUUGGCAACAGAUUUCAACAUUUGAUUUGGUUUAAGAGAGUGAGAAAACGUCCAAUUUGAUCAAAUUGUCCAGAGGUGGAAGAACCCUUGAAGAUUCGGUUCUGUCGGUCUCUUUUUGGAUGCUGCCUCAUUAGAGGGAGUGAUUUUUCUACGUGUUUAUUAAAGCAGCAGCUGACACCCUGAUGAUUAUCUUUUCCGUUUGGGUGGAACUCCCAAAGAGAAAACUUGGCACCCAAUCCCACCCGCAUUCGCCACUGUCAGCUGAGAAAAAACUUUGAGAGCUACACCAGAUAUCAAGUGUUUGUUUUGCAAGACUCUGAGUAACUUUCGCCAGAUUCCAGAGAACAUUUGCAAGACUCUCGAAAUAAAUCUAAUCCUGGGGAAUUUAAGCAAGAACCUGCGAAACUUUUGCGAAACCCGGGUGAACUUUAGGGGAGAAUUUUUAGAAACUUAAUUGAGAUCUGGGACGACAUAAGGGCAAUCUGGGGGAACUCAUGCGAGACUGAGUAACCUUUGAGAGAUCGUUAAAAUUUAUUGCUAAUUCCCUUGGCAGAUCCUGGGCAAUUAGGCAAGUGUCUCUGGGAAAAGUUUGUGAGAUCCUGAGAAACUUUUUUGGAAUCUAAGGAAGCUAAAUGACAUCCUGGGCAUUUAAAGCAAAAUCUUGGAAAACUCGUGCAAGGCCUAGGCCAACAAAAAUGCUAGGAUGCUUUUGUGAAGUACCUGAAAACCUCCAGGAGAUCCUUUUGCAGGUUUUCUGAAAUCCCGGAAGACUCAAAAAUAACCCAGAGAAACUUUUGGGGGCUCCUUGGAACUUUUUUCAACAUCCUACAAAAAUUUUGAGAGGUGCCAGUUACUUUAGAGUGGUACGGACAACUUUUGUGAAGUCCCAGGACACUUUAGACAGAUCCUGGGUAACUUUUUGAGUCUCCCAAGAUAACUUUGUAAGCUUUUGCAAAUAUUGUGCAAGAUCCCAGGAUGCUUUUUGAACCCCAAGUGUCUUGGGCAACUUACACAGCAUCCUCGGAAACCUACGCAAGACCUUGAGAAAGUUUGGUUAAACAAUUAGAAUUUUUGCGAGAUACUGUGGGUGGUGGAACAAGGAAUCCUGGGCCACUUUAGCAAGAUCCUCAGUGGAUACUCAUAAGAGAUACUAGCAUCUCUGACAAGAUGUGAGGAAACUUUAUGAGAUCCUGAGAAACUUCUGAGAGUUUCCUCCAAAAAAAUAUUUGUAAGAUCCUAGGAAAAGAAACUUUUGGGGAAAUUAUUGGCAACUUUUGCAAGAUCAUCCGUGAAAAAGAGUUCUUGUACUUGUGAUCAGAUCUUAAGGAUUUUGAACCCAAGUGGACUUGACACUAAACCAAGGUCUUGGGCAACUUACACAGCAUCCUCGGAAACCUACACAAGACCUUAAGAAAGUUUGGUUAAACGAUUAACAUUUUUGCAAGAUACUGUGGGUGCUGGGACAGGGAAUCCUGGGCCAGUUUAGCAAGAUCCUCAGUGGAUACUCAUAAGAGAUACUAGCAGCUGUUACAAGAUGUGAGGAAACUUUCUGGGAUCCUGAGAAACGUUUGGGGAAAAUGAUUGGGGAUCUUGGGGGAAAUGAUUGGCGACCUCAGCAAGAUCAUCAGUGGAAUAGAGUUCUUGUACUUGUAGUCAGAUCCUAAGGAUGUCUUGUCUAAUCUUCCUCUCUUCUUUCUCUGCAGGGGGACCACACGUGGGCGACCAUGUUGGGUCAAAGUGUGCGGUUGCAGCCGGUGCCCAUUCAGAGCCUGUCGGAGCUGGAGCGAGCUCGAUUACAGGAAGUCGCCUUGUAUCACUUGGAAGAGCGAGACUUGGACUUCAAGAUCAGCAUCCCGAAAGGUGAGAAAAUGAGCUGCUGAUGUAACAUGCUCCUGGGUAGAUCAUGUCGGACUCUGGAACUACUCAGCUGCAGGCUUUGAGUGAAAACAUGAAAAGAAUUCUUUAAGCCGAGGUCAAGACGCAAACAUGUUUUCCUCAAGUGGCUCUCAGACUGUUGAGAAAUGACGGAUUAUGACCUUGAGGACUUUGAGAGCUCACAUUUCCUGAUGGAAGCAGCUACUUUCAGCAAUUCAAGGACCAAAUGUUACAGGAGCAAGCUCAUGAUGACAUGUUCAACAUGGCGCCAGUUUAGACGAUGUUCCUCGUGGGGGUGUCUUUGCCCUCUCCUUAAAAAGUUGUGGUUAAAGUGUAGGUUAGCGCGCUCAGUCCCCCCAGCUGUCGAGGUAGACAUAACAGUCUGCUGGUGAAUGUGAGGAAUGAGCUCAAAGCAGGAAGACGCUGAAGUUCAGGUCCAAUUCUGCGCACAUGUGUAAGCAAUCCAAACUGUCAGAUAUGAUAAAAGAGGGUAAAGGACCCGACAUGAUUUGUUGAGUGCCUCCUUCCUAUCGCUUAUACCAAUGAUGGCGUUUUAGAGCAGUGUGGUUCAUCAUGAUUUUAUCUUUGGGGAAUUUGGAGGUUUUUUUUCAGACUAAUGAAGUAACAACCUUUAUCUGAAGCAAGAAAUGUCUACAAACUGUCAAAAACGGCAGUGGAAGCUGCUUUUAGAUGCUCAAAAUUUGACCCAAGUCUGUAUUUGUGUGUCUGAUGAAGAAGUGAAGCUUUUCUAACAUCCAGGAAGGAUGAUUUUGGCUCUUUUCGCCUGGAAAGGACACAAUAACAAUCUCAGGGGACACUGGAGCCAAAAAACUGUUUUAUUUCCCAGCUCCGGACACUAUCACCAGAACAAUCUAGAGUUCUCAUUUAUUUUCACUUCCUUUUUUGGGGCCAGAAAAAAAGGGUAUUUUUUAUUUGUGGUCUGUUUUAUGAGCAAAGUUGGAUAUUUUUCUAACAAUUAAAUACAUUUUAAAAUAUCAGCAGAGUUAAAACAUCCAGGGGUCUGCGACUGUAUUAUUUCUGCAACUUUCUUCCAAUUAUUGAUUGUCCCAGUUUCUCGAUUUUCAACACUUACACCAAUUAGGCCAUUUAAUCCACUUUCAAUAUUUCCGCCACAUUCACAGAUUUCAUCACUUUUUCCCAAUUCCACCAUUUUUCGCCACUUCUGCCAAUUUCACCAAUGAAGCCAUUUUCAACACUGAUCAUAAAUAUUAUUUAGGGUCAAACAUACCAUAACACCAGUUGGAAACCCCUCUCGAGAUGAUGGACUGCUCGCUUCUCUAGUUAAACCAACUUUAGUAACAACCGCACGAUAGCAAUACACAGCAGUCUGAGGAGCCAUAAACAAACCUCAGUCAAAACACCACUUAUAGCCACAAAUGUUGCUGAACAGCACCUAACUUCAUUAAUACAUGAUCAUAAAUGUUCUUCCUGUUGCAUCACCCCGCAGCAGUCAAUGAUGGACUGUUCUGAGGUCAUUACAAAUAAGCGGCUGCUGGAAGAGAGGCGUAGGUGAGUUGUGUUUGGUCUUUUUGACCGCUGUAAAGAAAUCAAAGUUAUAAAGAUGUUUGGUGUACUAGUACUGUGGCAAGGACCAUAUAUAUACUGUUGAUGAAGUUAGGUGUUACGGUGUGUUUGACCCUAAAUUAGUUUUAUGCCGGAAUAUCCCUUUAAACUAUUUUGCAUUACCAUCUCACCACUUUUGCCACUCUUACCAUUGAAACCAUUUAUAACGUAUCCAUCAUUUUGGCCCCUUUUGCCAGUUCUUCCAUUUCCAUAAUCAACUUUUUUAAUCAUUUUUUUACGACUAGAUCACAUUUUGUAAUCUCUUGAAUCCGGUCUGGAUUGAAAGGAUAUUGUCCCAAAUUGAAGGCAGGUUUGCAAAAAGUUGAAAGUACCAUCUGGGUACCUGGACUGGACCAAAAAUUCCAACCAUUGACUCUUUUUUGGCUUUUCAAGGAAGUGUCGGGACAAAUUGAGUUCAUAAGAAAUAUCCUGACAGGAGGCAUUAUUGCAUAAAGAAGUUCUGAAUACUUUAUUCAGAGCUGGCAUAAUUUCUCAAAACCACAAACAGUUCGAUAAUCCCAAAUAUUUCAACCAAAUGGGCUCAGUAGACGAAGAUACAUAUCUGUCGUCGCUUGGAUAUCAUACAGGCACCAGCUGGAAUCCUCAUCUCUUCGUGCCAUGAAGUAAUGAGGACCAACUGUCCUUGGAUGUCUGACAUAUUCUGCGCGAAGCCGACUCUUUCAAACAGGUGGCCACAUCCAAAGAACUGUCCUCGUAUGAAAUGAUGUGUUAGCGGAGCAGAUGCUCUUCGCCUCUUCACAUCCAGGUUCCAUUUAAAACACGUCUACCGGUGACUUGUGGGUCUGUCUGCUUUUCCCCGGAUCCUAAGUUCUCUUUGUGGAUGGGAACAGACGACCUGGCGAUCAACCAAACCAAACAUAUUUGGAGGUACUUCACCCUGACUGCGUAUUUUGAUAUUAUUUCACUGGACCCAAAAUGGGGCAAACCUUUGUCACAACCAGACCUAGGACCAGACCUAGGACCCUGCUCCUUUCCUAUUUGACCAUAAACUCUGAUAGGGGAGUAAAUAAAUGCGCCAAAUUCCAAAAAUACCAGUUUCUGAACCAGCAGGAAUGGCUCCACCGUCUACCUCUGCUGAUGUUUACUCGAACACACAUUCCUCCUCUUCUUGCUGCUUCUGGAGAACUCCCUCCUCACAAAUAUUGUUUAUGUGCAACCGUCUUAUCCAGCCGACCUCUGAGGCCCUGAACCCGGCCAAUAAAGCCGCAUCCUUCAACCAAUAGCCUGUAAAUCUUUCAAACACCUCACUGACUGCGGACCGGGAGGUUUCCUCUGCGUUUAUCGGGGCCAGCGGGAUCUCAAAGGUCAGAGUUCACUGUUAAAGAACAAACACAGCUGAUUGUAGAAGUGCUGUGUGUGUUUUAAAGUGUGUGUAGGAUCUAUAUGUGUGUUUAUGUGUCGGUAGCCGGUGUCCUGUGAGACCGGUCAGAGUUUAAGCGGCUUUUCUCAGACUCUCUGCUCUCCCUGGACUGUUAGCCUUUGACCCGUUCAGCUCAGACCAGACUGCAGAUUCAAUCAGAUCCGGUUCACACGUAACCUCAAGUUAACACUCAUGCACAAUUUAAUAAUUAAACUACAGUACAUCGCCUAAAUCUCAAACAAGCAGAGUUUCUGUUCAAGUCUGCCCUCCUGCUCUUUCUUUCCUGGGUCAUUAACACUGACCUUCACCAGUAACAACAAACUUAAAGGGAUAUUCCAGAGUGAAAUUAAUUAAGGGUCAAACACACGUAACACCGAGUUAGACACCACCGCAAAAGAUGAAUGUUGCAGACCAUUUGCUUCUCUAGUUAUACCAACUUUAGAUGUUCUUCCUUGAGCUGCGAAACUCCGCUGCAAUCCGUAAUAGAUUGGCCUGAGGUCUCGCUACAAACAAGCGGCUGCUGGAAGAGAGUAGGUGAGUUGUGUUUAGACUCUUUGCUUAAGAAAUUAGCGAAGUUGAGAAGAUGUUUGGUGGCUAGUACUACGGCUGGGACCUUGUUGAUGAAGUUAGGUGCUAUUUUAGGCAUUAUUUGUGGCUAUAAAGUGGCGUUUUGGUUGAGAGUUGAGAGGUCUUGCGAUUCCCGUGAUCCGUAAUCCAACACGAAAUUCGCCUCACAAACAGAUCCGGUAGGAAUUAGCGGACAGCGAAAAUCCCUGCUGUUCCAGGUCGAGGCCGUUCCAGAUGAGGUGGAAAUUCGGCGUAAGAGUCUUUUAUUAACCAUGAUUGUUGUAACCUUCAGUCUUGAGACUUGGAGCCAAUGUAGAAGUGCUAAAAACUGCAGUUCCCCAAGUGUCCACUUGAAAUUUUGUUCCUUUUUUGGCUUUAGGUGGUCACUGUUUAUGAUCUUUCUCCUUUUUUAGUAAAACUUCGUCAAGAUCCUUUUCGUGCACCCGUCCAAUAACGUGAUUUUUCUCUGUAUUUCUAUCAGUUCUGUAAACUGUGAUACUGAAAUAAUACUGUGUUCUUGAUGGUGAUGGAUGGUAACCCACUCUAAAUAAGUAUUUCCCAUGUUGGAUUCUGGGUUAAGACGAAGGUCGUGUGGGAAUUGUCUUUCAUUUUUCCAAAAGCUGAAGUUUUUGUUUGCUUUUCCUGUGAGACUCCACUGUCUCUGUCCUUCUUCACUUUUUGGGAAGUCUUCAAUUUUUCUUUUUCUUUAAAUACUAUGAGUUUGUUUUUUUCAAUCUGUAGGAGUUGAUUUAUGCUUUUUUCCCAUCAGGUCAGAGUUCAAAUACUCAGUUUAAUCCACAGGAAAAAGAGCAGAAAUCGAGGAUUUGUGGCGCCGUCUUUUCAGAUAUUAUCACGAGUUUCUACGGAUUUGCGUCUUCAGCCUCUAUGCUCUCUGAUUCUGCAUCUUAAAUCCUCCAGGAGAAUAAAAGACAAAAACUCCUGUGAACAAAUUAAACUUUGAGGAAAAGACCUCCCUGGUAUCCCACAUGUUCCCUCUGGAACAGUCUGUUCAGAGAAACCAUGUGUCCCUCAGUAGAAAAAAAAGCCCAGAGCUUGAAUUAGUUUUCUGUAAACACCAGUUUGACGAACCAAAACAGGGAAUUUAAAACACUUAAACCCUGUUAAAGAGUGAGGAUGUGCUUUUACACACAAGACACACAACCAAAACACAAACAACUGUGUGAACUCUGUUUACACUGGAUGGGAAACGAGGGGGAACCAACCAAACAAAACACAACUGACUAACUCGAACUAACAAUGCUUAAUCAAACACUACUGAAAAAGAUCAGACAGUUAUUUAAAGUGGUUACACAAGUAGUUCAGUGCUGUUGUAAUGCUUACCUGGUGAGAUUCCCAGUUGUGAGUAUUUGAUUGUGUAUUACUCACUUCAAUGACAAGCCCUGAAAAGGUUUAACUUCAUACGCUGUCGUCACGUUUGCUGGUCUCCGGUAGACUGACUUGUAUCACCUGCAAAGAGAAUCAACAUUUCAGCUUUUUGUACACCCCAAUUUUCCCCGCAUCCGGAUUGGCUCCGAUCUGGAAUGGCGGAGAUAUUUGCCAUCUGCCAUUUCCUACCUGAUCAGUUGGUGAGGUGAAUAUCGUAACGGUUUAUGGACUGCGGUAAUCGUGAGAACUCACAAGAACCUGUGGAUUUACGUGCAAUCGUGCGAUAACAAGUCGUCUCUUAGCCACAUAGGCUAACCAUAUAAGCAGUAGAUUGUGUCCUUCCAGAGGAGGAAAUCUACUUCUAGACUUCUAGAAUCAGCAUCCUCUCAUCCAUGGUAUCAUCGGGGUGAAAUGAUGUCUAUAAACCUUUCAGUUGUUCGUCGCCGCCGGUUUGCAUGGUGUGAAAUACGAUCUGCUUAAAACGUGGAGUGUUUUAUUUUGGUAAGAAGCCGGAUGUUUUAUUUUGUGUCUGCGCCCGACUUCCUUCCCAGCACGGGUUAAUCUGUGCUGAAUUUAUUCAGCGUCCAGGAAAAUAGAACUCUUGCGAUCAGUUGCAGAGAUCGACGAUCCGCAGCGGAACGGAAAGAAGCCGGUGGGAAUUGACACAUUAAGUUGAAUGGUAACGAUCAGCUACGAUCGGCGGAUACGGCCUUAUCGUAGUUUGUUCUGGAUGUGGGGGAAAUUUGGGGUAACAGUGUUAGAAAAAACAAAACCAAACAAAAGGCUUCAUGUUAAAUUUCUGUAGUUAUAAAAAAGUGUAGUCCAGUGAAAACUAGCGAGAAGAAAAUGCUAGUUUAAUGUUACAGAAAUAAAAUUGUCAACGUUAUCUUUUUUUUAGUUUUUUUGUGUAAAAAACAACGUAAUAUGUUGAUAAAUUAUCCAAUAAAUGCCAUAUAUGGACGCUGGAGUGGUAGCUAAAGUUAGCGUUAUUUACGUUACGUUACGUUAGCUAUAUUUACGUUAUUGACUUCUUCUGUUUUUGCAGUUAAUCAAAUGGCGCACAAUUUAAACUAUUCUUUUAAUUAGUUCAUGUUUUAUUCUGCUGGGUUUUCACUAACACCUUUUUUUGGAGUUAGCGAGUUAAACUUGUGAAAACUGCAGUACCUCAAACAUCCACUAGAGGCCGCCUGUUAAAGCACAGAGAGCCUUUCCAUUUUGUUUUUAUUUAACAAGUUCGUUUAUGUUUUACAUGUCGCUCUGAGGAGUUCACAGGCUGCAGUGAUGGAUAUAAAGAGUAUAAAAGUACGCGGGGGGUUAACCGUCGUAUCACCGAUAAGUCGUCCUCUGAAUCCAGGAUCAGUCUGAAUCUGGAGUGGAGCUCGCUGAUGAAGCUCGGUGAUUGAAAGUGUGGGAACUGUUGUCCUCUCUGCCUCCCCUGAGGUGAAAUCUCUCCGUUUUACUGAGCCUGUCAUGGUCUUGGCAUCACCUCCUGCUGUGCUUCCACUCAUUUUGUUUUUCCUGCUCUGGACUCGUGUUUCUUUUUCCAUUCCUCUGCGUCUCCAAACAGCUCCAGUUUCAUCUCACCACCGUACCUCUUUAUCUCUUACUUUAGCUCCUAAUCCAGUUCCUCUCUUCUGGCCAUGAAUCACUUUUUAUUUUUUUGUAAAUGUGUUCAAGUGUGUGUGUUUUUGUUUGUGCACCUGUGCGCACAAGUAUGCGUUUGUUAGUUUCCAGUGAAGUCUUGAAACAUUUGCUCCUAUUUGGUGUUUUUGAAGUUCGUUCUUGUUCCGAGUUCUCUGAAGGGUCUACAGAGACCCUGAACCAACACGUUCAUGUUUUCCUCUCGUCCUCUUUCCAAUCUGUCAGUUUCCUUCUUUUUAUUUCCUGUUAAACUUUCCAGGUUCAACUAUCUGUCGAACGUUAUGUUAAUUUAUCUCUAAACUGCAGACAAGUUCCAGAGCUUCUGUAAAGACAUUCAGCUGCCAGUGUUACGUUGGAUAAUUCUGAAAUGAAUACACGUCUUUAUACCUGGAUAUUACACACAACUUUGAGAACAGCUAUGACCAUAGACUGUAUCUCGAAUCGACGCCGUCUGCCUCCUCACUGGGUGAAGCCACUCUGACAACAGCACCCUCUGGUGACGGGCUGCAGUAUAGGUCAUAAAUCCCGCCUCCGCCAGCAAAGCUUAUGGACCUGUGGACAAACCUUAGAAAUUAAUUUGUGAUGUUGACAUGUAGUUACUGUGAGACUGGUUUGUGCUCAAGUCCUCUUUUGGGUGUACGAAGAUUGCGAUACGCCGUUUGAGCCGAGCGUCUUCACAGUGACUCUCGGCGACUCUCCUGCCAAAUGCGUACAACGUUACUGCGUGAUGUUGGUUUUAGGAAAUGAAGAGAAAACGCAGAACUACCGAGAGGUUUUCGGCUUCAAAUCUGUAUACUGGCGGAAGGCGGAACCAAGUUGUCCAUAGUAUAUACAGUCUAUGGCUAUGACACAUUUGAUUGCAACUGACUGAAAUCGGCCAAUAUCAAACUUCUCAUUGUUACCCAAAUGCGUCGGGGAUGUAAUAAUAUUAUAACUUUGACAAAUUUCUUUAGCAAAGAGACUAAACACAACUCACCUACUCUCUUCCAGCAGCCGCUUGUUUGUAGUGAGACCUCAGGCCAGUCCAUUAUGGACUACAGUGGAGUUUCGCAGCUCAAGGAAGAACAUUUAUGAUCAUUUCUUCAUGGAAAUACAAUCAGACCGAGACGCUAAGGCAGAAGAACUACAGUGUCUGCAGAGCAAAAUGAUUAAUAUGGUGAUUAUUACUUCAAGGAAAUGAUAAAGAAAUGAUCAUAAAUGUUCUUCCUUGAGCUGUGACACCCCGCUGUAGUCCGUAAUGGACUGGCCUGAGGUCUCGCUAGAAACAAGCGGCUGCUGGAAGAGAGUAGGUGAGACUGGGUAGGUUACCUGUUUAGUCUCUUUGUUAAAGAAAUUAGUCAGAUCUGUAACUGUUGGAGAAACUUAAUGAUUCAUCUGCCUUGAGUUUGAAGGAAAAACAAGUUGUGAAAGUUGUGAGUCUGCUGAAGCGUUGGCAGUUUUGUAUAAUUUCAUAAUCGUCCUACGAUUAGUUGCAAUGAAGCAUUUAAACCAAGACUUUCUGCGAGCGUCACGUCAUGAUUUUAGAGGUCUGAAAUCCCCCUCUGUGUUCGUCUUAAUCUAUCAUCUCAGCUCUCUUAUGUAAUCACACACAUGUGCACACAUUACCACAGAUGUCCAAGAGCAGCGCUAAGAGAUUAGCUUGGCGUGAUGUGGCGUGUGCGCGGUGGGAGGGGCUGCCGGUUUUGGAAAUAAACUUUAAUUUCCUGCAGUCAUGGGAAUUUGACCUCUUUUAUCCUGACAAGCACACACACACACACGCGCGCCUAAGUACACAAACACUGACACACAUGGACACUUACACAAACCCUUGACUUGAAUUUUCCUUUAAACUAAGAGGGAAGUAACCAGCAGAAUCCAUCUUACAAAGUACUCCAGACGACCCGGUCUGAAGAGGGAACUCCAUUUGUGCCUUAAUAGGAAGAAGGCCUUCCUUGAAUUAGUGAUUUCUAAACACCAGCUUCAGUAACCCAAACAAUGACUUCUUCUUUGUGGUCCCGGUCAGAGGGGGAGGACGUGGAGCUCGUAAAACCAGAGGAAAGAAACAGACCUGCCGUAAAAACAGAGCUGCUGCCAUCACGACAUACCCUCUUACAUGCAGGGCAGCGGGAACGACCAGGAAUAUUCAGGAAUUUUUAUCGCUAAGAAACAAGAAUUUACAAGAAGCUACAAAAAGUUUGUGAUUUAUAUAACUGGCAAAAUUUAUAGAAAAGCAACAAGCAGGAAUCGAGACUUUAACGACAACUGGCCUUGUCUUACAAGCUAAUGUCACUUUCCUCGCUUGCACAAAUAGGCAAAUUACGUUUUUAAAAAAAUCAAACUUAAAGAAGUAACUCUGUGUCAUACGUUUAAAAAAACAUGGACUUCAACUUUAAAGUCAUAGUUGACGAUCUGAGAAGCAGUUGAAAAAAACAGAGCUGUUGAGGCAGAAUUGGAAAUGGCGUCCCACCCCCGAACACAAACUCCUCCCCUCUGUGCUCCACCAUAACUCCUCCCCGAACCCGUAUCAGCCUCCCCACGACACACCUCUUCUGGCAGAGCAAGAAUUCAACCGGCAGAAGAUCCUACGCUAGCUUCAAAUAGGAUUCACCAUGUCGGAAUGCUAGUAACUGGUGGCAGUAAACGCCAGCUCUGCUACCAUGUUGACAUCGCAGAGACUAAUAAGAGUUAUUUAUGUAACAUGUGACAUAAUAAAAGGCGAUAAAAAUGACCUGUUCAACAAAAACUCUGCUGUCUCUGCGUCUGUUCUCAGGACCAAAUCCUGGCGGAGCUUUCUCCACCGCUCCAAGGAUGACCCGAUGUUUAUUCCAGUUGGAUUCCUCGCUUGAUCACAUGUCCUCUUCGUCUCCACCCCUUUCUUCUGUUGACUAGCGUUUUCUCCCAGCUCCUGUAGCUAGGCCGCUACGCUACUUUUAGCCACUUAGAACUCAGAUGAGGGCCGGGAGAGUGGGAGGAGAAGUCGGAACUAUGGGAGAGGGGUGUGUCGAAGGUGGAGGUGGAGCAGGAGAUUGACCAAUAGGAGCUGACCGGGAUGGAUGGCACCCAUUGGUCAAUGUUUUUGCAGCCCUGAACAAAUUUUUUACGUUCUUCUUUCUCUUCACUUUGUGGAGAUCGCGCUAAAGGACCAUGGUUGCCAUAGAAACAACGUUCGUGAUAUUAACCAAUCUCUCCAAUCGUCAACCAUGCCUUUGAGAUCGACUUCCAAUAUCUUAGCAUCAUGAGUCUGUGCGUAUUAGAAAAAGGAUCGGUAUAACGGGUUUCUUUCACAACUAUAGCAAAAGAGUUCGUUACUCUGCGAUCGCCACUCAUCCUUAAACACUUCCUCUUGGUUAUGUCAUGAAAUUGGCUCAUAUCCUGACCAUCUACGCCACGGACUAACUCCAGUGUCCCUCAAGAAAAACAGAGACUCAAAAAUCUAUUGAAUGACCUUAAGACUGAGUUCUGAUUCAAGUUUGAUAUUAACGGUAAAUAGUUGUAUUUCCCUCUACUGUCAGACGUUUUCGGUGCGUUUGCCUCUAUUAUUACCCCCCUUUCCUUUGUAGAUAUUUCCAAAUCCUUUACAAAUUAAAAUAAUAAACCCUCAUCCACCGUCUGAACUCCUUUAUGUCGGGGGCGGCGUGCGACCAUCAAGCGGAGGCCUGUUCAAACAAACAGCAGAGUUCUUCUAUGGAGAGGGUCCUUGUGAGUCAGAGGCACUCGGGAGGAAGGCUAAUAAACACGAGAGAGGAGAGGGGGAAACAGUCCUGAUGAGGGCCACCGUGUUUGUGUCUGCGAGAAAGACGAGACGAUAAGGUUCAUUAAGGGCUGAUGGGAAAACAAAAGAGACCAAUGUGAGGGUCCUUCUUUUGUUUUUGAAGGGGCAUCUUCACGAAAAGUGUAAUCACGCAUAAUCACGAUUUUAUGUCUCAACACGGUUUUUAUUUCUUUCCGCAGAAACACGCAAACGGAGGAAAUCUCUGCGCAGGAAGUUGGACUCGUUCUCAAAAGAGAAGAAAGAGCGAGGUAAGUUCGUCAUUUGUGGUUAAGCCUGUCCUCCUGAGUUAUCUGACAUUUGAAGUCUUGGUUUUAUCGUCAACCACAGUCUCUUUAUGACCGUAAAUAUUAUCAUCCAACACAAUGUCCCUCUGUGCUUUAGAGCAUCGUCCUCGCCACAGCGGCUUUUACCAACGUUCUUGAAAUCUGGUGUUUAUACAGUCGAAGAGAGAGGGGGGAGCGGGGCUGUAAACUGACUCAUGGACUCAUGUUACGAUAGACUGGACUGUUGUAACAUAAACUUAAUAAUGGUCGUCCGCGGAUGCCCUCGCUCUACAGUCACCCUGUGUCACCCUCUACGAUCAAAACAUCUCCGUCACCGGAGAGUUUUAUGUCCUUGUUACUGGAAGACACCAGUUUAAUGUGGGAUUAGUUUUAAUAACAUUUACGCACAUUGACGGUUAUUGCUUCUGUGGAAACUCAGGAUUUAUCCUUGACUAUUCGUCACGAAGCAAACAGACGCUGGUUUGAUUAGACUCUUAUUUCUCUAACUGAAAAGUAGAUCCUGAUCUUUGCUUUUCCUCCUUCUGUACCUCACUCCUUCUUCUUCUUCGUCUCUCUACACUAAAGCCUCGAACCCGCCCGUCCGGCGCUGUAAACCCGGCCUCUCAUAAAGAGAUGUUCUCUUUUCUCAGGUGAUUAUAGCGGCACGGAGAGAAAGGAGCCAAAACACACAACACACACAUAUUCCCAGGCUGUCUGCGCCGGUCUGUAAAUACUGCCUCCAGCCUCUUACACACAGGGACUUAGCUGAAGCUAACGCCAACUAAUCAAAAACCAGGACAUUGGGACCUGGCGGACCUCCUGCUGGAGCUGAACACCUACUUUUGAGGGCAUGACGGUGUGGCCUUCAGCGGUCAGUGUGUUACUGGACAAUGUUUUCACAACAGUUUCAUCGGAAAGUAGUAAAGAGAGAACUUCUCCAGGUGCCUUUGAGUAAAUUUUAAACGGUUUUUCCACUUAUUUACCUUUUGUUGACAUUUUCCAAUGUUGUGUUGGAGGACAGUCAUUUGAUAAAUCUAUGUAGUUGUCUAGGGUAGUGGUUCUCAACUGGUGGGUUGGACAUGUUCUGGAUGGGUCGCAAACAGCUGGUCAAAAAAGUCAGUAUUUUUGUUUGACAUGUCUUUUAUUUUGAAAAAUAGCUUUUAUUUUGUUCAAUUUGAUAUUUAUUUGAUAUUUUCUGUAUAAGCAAUUUCAGUAGUUGUCGUCCUCAGUUCAUGUGCUCUGAAAUGCACUUUACUCAAUAAAACGGGUGAAUUUGUGUUAAAGAUUUGAGUCUUUAAAGUUUUUUUUUUUUAUAAAAAAUAAUUUGCGGUAACACUUUACAAUAACCAUAACUUAUAAAAGGUAAAUAGAGCAUUUAUAAAUGGUAAAGCAGAUAGUUUAUUAAUGUUAAAUAAUCAUUUAUAAAUAACAUAUAGACCAUGAAUAAAUUGUAAAUUUUACAAUUUUAAAAACCGAACCCUAACCCUAACUUUACAAUUGGGGGCAACCGCCAUUCCGCCAUUCCACCAUUGGUCUCUAAUUGUCGGAGUGGCGGUAUGUUACCAUGCUAUCAAAUUCUGACAGCUCUCGACCGCUAUGGUCGGCCGCGGAGCCCUCUGCGCAGGUUCGGUGCGGGGCUUGCCCAGCUACACUCGGGAUUAAAUGAUGGACUUCAGAUGUGAUCCCAUCCCCCCUUAUAUGGAAAGCUGCGUCGGAAUGGUGAGACAUCGGAGUGGCAGGAUGUCGGAAUGCUGAGAUGUUGGAGUGGCAGCAUGUAACCCUUUACAAUAACCAUCUAAGUAAUGUUUACAGAUGAUUUAAAAACCAAAUAUUAACCAUUUACAAAGUGCUACUGACACAUAUUUCAAUCUAGAUGUUUUACAACCAAUAUUUAAAUCCUACAUAAACCUUUAAUAAAUAGUCCAAUUAAUAAUGUAAAUUAUUAAGCAUAUUUCAUUGCUUAAAGUAACUAUUAACUUACAAUAAUAAACUAUUUGACAUUCAUAAUUGGACUAUAUGCUGUUUUUAAAUGAUGAUUAACCAUUAGUUAUCUAUUUAUCAUUUAUAAAUUAUGGUUAUUUUAAAGUGUUACCAAAUUCGCUUGGUUUGAUUUCUAUAGAAGUGGGUCACGACUUAAGGACGAUGGGAAAAUGUGGGUCCCAGAGUAAGACCAGUUGAGAACCACUGGUCUAGGGUAGUGUUCAUUGAAGUGGAUGGAGGUAAAGAAUUAAAAAAGUGUUGAGCCUUUUGAAUGGACGGUUGUCAUUAUACGCAGAUGACACAAGUGUUUAUUUUGAUGUCUCAUUAUGGGUGUUUCCCAACUUUUUAUAACAACUAACACGUUGAAAAACUUUUCGAGCUCUUUUUUUGGACUGAAUUCCGACUCUUUUCUAAAGUAUUCUGGUUUUUGUGUCUCUUUGUUUCUCCGACUAGACCAUCCUUGUUUGUAAUAUUCAAAGUUUCAGGUCUACAGAGGUUGAAUUCAGCGAGAUUGAUUUAUGAGCGGUCGUUAUUUUUUAUGACUGCUGCUAUUUUUUCUUUUAUCGUUUGCCGUUAAAACUGUCGGAGAGGUUAUUUUUUCCUAUUAGCUUAACCUCCUGUGUUUGUGUCUUUUGCGGCCUUCCUCUCUUUCCUCUUCGGGCGUUUACCUCAGACAAAGGUUAAAAAAGGCCUCCUAUAGUUUCCCUUUGCGUUUGUUUCACUCGAGUUUACACAGAGGACAUCCUACGUUAAAUAAACACGCUUCUUUAAAUUCACUUAGACCGUCCCCAGGAGGGCUAAUAUUUCCAUCCAGCUGCCGGUCGAGUGAAGGACGAAUAGUAGCGAGUGCCGAACACUUUCCAAAUAUAAACCUCUGACAGUCUGCCAGUAACAAAGAUCGACCCCAGGACCAGAAAUAAUAAAGGAGAGCGGUGGAGUCCCAGAACAAUAAGGCCGACAGCAGUCUGACACACAGACACACACACACAGAGGUCUUCCUGGACGAGGUUUGAUGUUUGUUUUACUGUUAACCCGGGACAUGUCCGCAGGGACCUAAUCAGUGUACGACUUAAUAAAGUAAUAAGUAAAAAUGAGGGAAUGUCGGCGAGUAGGAGUGAAAGACGAAGAACAAACAGACGACUUUCCUAUCUGCAGAUAUCAAGAUUUAAUAGUUUGAACAUGAAUUUUAUUAAAUAGAUGUUAUAUUUCUCGUCUCGACUCGUCUUCUUCCUUUUUUGGGGUAAUUUUAAGUCUUAGCACCGCCUCUUAGCAGAUGUAUUACUUCACGUUUGGUCCAAAGGAUGAAAAGAAGUAUAAGAGAACCAUUUUAAACCUACGGGUCUAUUUUCAUAAAUAAGGGGAAUCCUAAAUGUGACGUCCGAACUACCUCAGCUAACAAAAAUUAAUUAUUCAAUUAUUCCUGUUACCUAAGCAAACAGAACGAGCAGCUAAUACCAUCAUAGAUAUAAAUGAUGAAAAUGAAAGAAAACGAAGCUAAUGGCAGGGCUCGACAGUGCGACCGUUUCACUCUCAUUUGCGACUAAAAAUAGAUGUGUGCGAAUAUAAAGGUAACAAAUGUGUUUUCAUGUAAAUACCGCGGUGAAGUUAGUUUUAGGUUGGAUAUUCAACUGACAUUCAUUGCGGAUCUACCGGUGUCUUCUUAAGGUCCUUACACACCGGGACCGCCGCAAAUAUACGACGCAAAAUUACAAAAUAUUCGGAGGCAAAACAAAAAACAUAAAUGCCGCAAUAUCGCAGGAGGGGAAAACGUCGCUGAUGUGAACGCUUGUAUUGACAGGAUACAGGUUCGAAAAAAAAUAUAAACAUCUGAAAUAAUCGCACGACAAAAACUAUAAGGGACCGUCAAUAAAUUAGCGGUUGAUGUUCUCAGAAAAGGCUGUUUUCCUACAAUAGCUUCCAUGUCAUGUGACCAGAAGACGUAAAAUUAAUUUAAAUUAAUAGUACUAAUAUCGACCAAAAGGACAAACAAUAUUUUUAUCAAUUUUCAAUGUGUUCUUUGUGUUCUCCUUACUUUUUUAACUCACAUCUGCCCCUGGUGAAAAAAGUUAGAGUCAAGCCCUGAAAUAGUCAGGAAAAAGUAGCAAGAAGUCGUCAUCUUUGCUGUUCUUGGCAAAAGACGUCAGGACGAAGGAAUAGCGACAUGCUUAAUGACCUAAUGAGGCCAUUACGUCCAGAAUGUAAAACACAUCAACUGAUGACAUCUCUGUAAUAGAUGGGGCUCAUUCUUGUUGGCAGUGAUGUUGAGUUUCUUUGAUAUGUACCAACAAAACAAAGUGUUCGGAGUUUUAGAAAACUAGAAAAUGGCGAAGAGUCACUGACGUAAACGGGAAUAAAUGUAGUAAUUGCUCAUGUUCACCAAAAAGCAAAUAUUUUCACCGUUUAGUCACCAAAUACCAAAACUAGUUCAACAAAGAACAAAUUCUUUCCCAUUAUUUGGCGCCAAUUAUGCCAAUUUGCACCACUUAUGCCGACAUUCAGGUUUGUUGAACUGCUUAAAAAUAAAACGACAACCAGAGUUAGCAUAGGACAGAAGCACAGCAAUAGAACUUAAAGCUGUUCGCACACGAGAGCUGCCAUGAAGUCGCUUUUGAGAACAUUCCCCGCCAGACUUGUGGCAUUUUAAUCACCGUUCCCUUUUCAUCGGCCAAGAGUGACUUAAACUUUGUUAACUGAAUCGUAAUCUUAUUGUUUAGCUCCAGAAAUCUGUUCCUCUCAUUAGCCAUUAGCUAGCUUAAACUCUUAUUAGCCUUUUAACAACCUAGUGUUAGCUCGCGGCUCCGUAAGCUAAUGCUAACUGGCAAACGGCCAACAAAGCACCUGUCAAGGAGCUUAUCGUGGAGGCUGGCACCUGAUGGAGGCACACGUGGAGGAAGCCUGGCCGGUCUUUAGACCCCCAUGAUGAGGUGUUUUGAUCUGCUUUUUACCUUUUCAUUCAUGGGGAUACUUUACACCAAUGAAGGGUCUUGGAUUAUUUAGUAUAGGCUGUAAAAUUAGUAUUCUUAAUUCUUUUAAAGGCAUAGGGACACGGUCAUUUGGCUUUACAACCAAAAUACCACCAAAGAUUUUAUCACGGUUUGGUUAAACUGAGGAAUAUGAUUAAGAAAACCUCUAUUUCUGUAUAUUUAGGACUUAGAGGACAAUGUGAACCAUGUUUAAAAGCACAUGUUGGUUCUCACGGUCUCAUUUUAUGUUGUAGGGUUCCUGUAUUGUCUGGGUUUCUUAUGACAAAUCAAAUUGGCCUUCAAUUCCGAGGCCUUGUUUGUAACUGAGCUUUUGUUUUUAUUUCCAUGUGCUGAUGUUCUGUCCUUUACGACUGUUUGUUAAAGCACUUGGUGAACUUCUGCUAUAAAAAAAAAAAGAAGUUAUUAUUAUCGCUUCACAAAAACCUGGUUAUUGAGAGUUGUAAAAUGUUUAAGAGUUCCCAAAACACUCCAGAAGUCGAACUUUUACUUCUGUUUCAGUUCUCCAACUUCUCUGUACUGUAGUCAAUAACAGACCAAGUCAAGCCUCCAAGCCCCUUAUUAUUGUUUUUCCCACAGUGGGCACAGUGUUGUUAUUCAGGCCACGUUCCUCAGGAUGAUUACAGGUAAUUUUCUUAUUGGGGGCAAGUUCAGCUCACGCCUUUUAAACCUGCACAGAGUAAGAGGAUUAGGGGUUAAAGUGGCAGGACAAUAAAUGGUUUACUUUUUAGUUCAUCAACAAAUUGAGAAGGAAAGCUGAACAGUGGGGUUGGUGGGCUUUCUAUCCUGUAUAAGGGAAAAAAAUCACAAUAUAGCCAGAAAUAAACAAGACAGUCAGUGAAGAAGUGUAAAGAUUGAGACCUUUGUCAUUUUUGGGCACAACUUUACUUAACUGUCGUUAGCCGUUGUCAGUUUUUGUUAGCAGUUGCCAGUUGUUGUUGGGCAUUGUCAGCCGUCGUUAGCCGUUGUCAGCUAUCGUUAGCCAUUGUCAGCUAUCGUUAGCUGUUUGACAGCUAUCGUUAGCCGUUGUCAGUUGUCGUUAGCUGUUGUCAGAUUAUUGAGAUCAUAGCUGAUUAUUAAAAUUGAUCAUUGGAAGAGAUUUCUGCAUUAAUAUCUUUACGGACACAUAAUCAAAAGCCAUGAAUUAUUUUUGAUUUUUACAAAAAAUGUUGGUACGCCUGUUUUCAAUUCUUACACUUUUUUGGUAAACAAUUUAAUACGUCAGGAUUUCAAUUUUGUGAUUAUCUCCAGUUUUUAUCUUUUGAUUUUAUUUUCCUAGUGAGAUUUCCCUGAUUGUUUGUGCUCAUUUCAUAAUUUGAGAUUUUUUUUAAAUAUGUGUAAACUUUUGCAGACGAUAUUUUGUUUUAUGAUGCAAACUUCCAAAUUCUGUGCUUUGUGUGGAAAUAAAGUUUGACCCAAAAAAGAUGAGGAAUAUCUACUGAAAGUUUUUGAAAACUCUCUAGAGAGUGUGCAAAUGAGUGGGAAAUGCUUUAUGCUGAUGAUAUCAUAAUUGCCUCUGAUGGGGUUUAAGUAAUUCAAGAUUGGAUUAAUGCUCUUUGCACAGCUCUCUUAAUCUUAACUUCAAGAUAGCGUUCUAACAUGUCGUAGUUCACUGCACUAGAACGACGGGCUGCCGAUCGCGACAUUUCUGUGAUGACAGGAUGUUUACCGGCGGCCUGUUAAGCUUGUGCCGCGGUAAGCCUCGAUCAGACGGAGUGUGAUGUCUUGUGAGUGGCUGUGACUGCUCUAACGGGAUUACCCGCUCAUCCCUCUCGUACCUGUUCUCUGAAUCCAUUGUCUAUUCUUAUACCGCUCUUCCACUUGAACUUGUAAUCUCUCUCGUGAGGGUCUUUGGGAUCAAUGACCUCACAUCCUCACCGGCUUGAUUUAAACUUUUAAUUAUUAAAUAACUUGUCUUUUUCUUUUCCUUGUGUUCUGUACAGAAUCGGCCCCCAAGGCGUUCGGCAUUCCCCUCUCCCAGGUCAUCGCCAACGACCGAGCGUACAAGCUACGACAGGACGCCCUGAAAGAGAGCCGGCGGGACUGUCUGGACCUGGAGGCCAGCAUCUUGCGCUUCAGGGCCGAGAAGAGGCAGUUCUUCAACGGGAACAAGCCUCUGGUCAGCUCAUCGUCAAUCACCGGAGGCCCCAGCUCACCGCCAGCCAACUCCGUGGCCCCGGCGCCGGUUUUCGAGAACCAGAACAAACCGAUGUCGCCUACGUUUUUGGACAACGUUGGUCGAGGACAAAGGAGGGUAAGACGGCUGAGUGUUGAUCAAAGUGGUGAUCUUUGCCAAACUCCACAUUCACUCAGGCGGCGAUUAUUUGUUUGGUGUGCUUCCAUGUUUGUGUUUGGAGAGAUCUGAAGCAAUGACUCCUGGGUAAAUAACGUGGGUAAUUGGUAAAAUGUGAACUGGCGCGGCAGGUGCGACUAUCCGCCAGAUUUAAUGUCAUCUGAGGUAGAAGUUCGUGUCUGUUUGAGUGUGUUUGUGGUGUCUGCUAAUCUAAUUCCUGAAACGUUUUAGGUUCGAAUUCUCCGGUUUGUUUCCUUAGUAGUGGGUUUGGAGGGAAGAAAUACUGUUUGGUUUUCUGUGAGUGAACCUUCUCAGCUUGAGGCCAUCACACCCUGUAAUCCUCUCCACGCUGAUCUGGAAGCAGUUCUUAUGUUAAGCCUGUAAUGAGUGUCAUUACAGCCGCAGAGCACAGUAAACAAACCUGAACCAGCAAUCAAGUUCAGGUGAUUAGAAUCAGUCACUGUGCUAAACGCUGGGGAGAUGUAUGGAAGACCAAGCAGGACUAAAAUACACGAUAAUAACAUGUUAAUUUAUGCUAAAUGUAUGUUAUGAACCCAGUUAUUCUCGGAACAUAUAGGUGGUAUUUACUGAUAUUUUUGCAGUUUUGAUGUCAUUUUUGUGAAUAUUAUUCUACAUAAUGGUUAGUAGUAGAUAUGGUUCUAUAGGCUGAGGCAAUGCUUAUAUGUCGAUAAUGUCAAAUAAUGCUUCACAGCUUCAUAUUACAGUUUUAUAUACAAUCAAACAUCAUAUAGACAAAAGUUCAGUUUUAUGUUCUCAUACAUGGUUUUGAUCGUCACUGAUUCUUUUCUGUUUGAGACAUUUUUUAAAUGUUGUCAAGGAUGUAUAUGAUUUAUAUUAUUCAUAUAUAUAAUUUAUUAUUCAUUAUUAUUAUUAUAUUAUUCACCAAUAACGGAAACAUAUCUGAUUUAACAUUUGUUCUUAUCUUACUAUAUUCAAAUGAUCCAAACCUCUUUAAUUAUAAUUACUAACUCUUAGUUUAAAGAAGUUCUUCAUACUUUUUGAAAUUAUAUUGUUUUAACUUUGUAAAGAAUCUCUAAUAGUUUAAUAUCGACAAUAUCUCUCAGCUUUUAUGCUUUAUUAAGAAUAAACAAAUUAUUAGUUGGUUCAAAAUAUCCUGUCUUUUUUUUGUAAUUUAAAUAAAGAGUCAGUACAGGUUUUUCGUGUUCUGCCCAAUAAGAGAAAAAUAAAGGUAACAAUGUUUUGUUACAAAAAAACUAUCAACGUUUUCAAACAUAUGAAAAUAUGAAAGUGUGAAAAUUUAUCUUAGUUUGAAGAAGUUCUUAAUACUUUUUGGAAUUAUAUUGUUUUAAUUUUGUAAAGAAUCUCUAAUACUUUAAUAUUGACAAUAUCUCUAAACUUUUAUGCUUUAUAAGGAAUUAACAAAUUAUUAGUUGGUUCACAAUAUCCUACCUUAUUAACUAUUCUCAUUGCCCUUUUUUUGUAAUUUAAAUAAAGAGUCAAUACAGGUUUUCCCUGCAUUUCCCCAUAGUUCUGUGCAAUAAGAGAACAAAAAAGGUAACAAUCUUAUGUAACUAUCAUAGUUUUUGAAAGUAUGAAAAUAUGAAAACUGUAAAAAAAAAAAAGUAUGAAAAUUGUGAAAAAUGUAAAAUUUGUGAAAAAUGUAAAAUUUGGAAAAAAAAAAAAAAAAAAAAGACAGAUUGAUUUUUUUUGAUAAAGUUACCAAAAUGAGAAAGUUUUUAUGGCAGGUAUUUUCAACAGCAUUUUGACUCAGAUUUACCAACAUCAAAAAUUCAUGUCGUGUUUAUGACUAACAGACAUUUCCUCUGAGAAAGACGGUGAGAAAAGCAACGUUUUCCCAUCUGUCUACGGCUAAAUGAGACUCUGACUUCACCCUCUUACAGCUGUCUGGACUGGAACAGCUCACUGUUUACAUUUCUGACAGCACACACAUACUUUAAACACUCAGCCAGAGAUCCACAGAGUGAGGGAUGAUGCCACAGUGGUGGUGUGCGUGUGUGGAAAUAUAACACACUAAAGAAGGAUAUAUCAGAGAAGAGACGUGUUUCUCUGAUUUCUUUAUGUUCUCAGGUUACAACAGGCUAAAACUAUUCACUCAAGUUCACAGCUGUGUCCUGGUUUCAUACUUCAUAUUUAAUCCUGCCUGAACUUGCUGAAAAAUGCUGAUUUAUUCAGAAAGAGAUUGAAUUUACACCCUUUCAUACAUUUUCAAAUUCCUCUCUUCCCUGAACUCUGGUGGUUUUUUUGUUGGUAUAAUUAAAAGCUUUUGGAAAUUCCUCAGAAACCCGACGCUCCUCCAGAAUGUCUUUGCUGAUUUAUAUCUCUGCGGUGUUGGAUUUCAGGCGUGCGGGAUAUUUAUUGGACGAGGACGUCAGGAUGAGUGAUGAAAAGUGACUCCAUGUGCUGCUCCUGACAUCCAUCUUUAAAUUUCCAUUUUCUCCUGCCAGAGCUCGUCAUUAUGAGUUUUUCUCUCCGUCAUCUUUAUCGCCCGCCCUCCUCCUUCACUGUCACCUGCUUUUUUAUUACCUCUAUCGCUUUAUCAUGGGGGCGACUCUUAGUAUCUCCUCUUUUCUCGUCCCAUCUUUGGUUUUUGAGCCUCGGUAACUCGAACGCAUCAAAAAACUAACUUCAUACCUGAUUGUCUUUUUAUAGUGGCCUCUAAUCCUCCUCUGUUAUUUGAUCUAAUUGAAAAUAUAAGAAGAGUUGAAUCCAAGUACCUGAAAAUUUCACUCACCUCCAUCUCUGUCUCUGAUGCAGGGUGGUCUGUCCGUAGACUCCAUCUCCGACCUCGUAGAGAGUCAGUCUCGCCUGCUGGAGGCGCUGCAGCUCUCUCAUCCUGCAGAGUUGGAGCUGAAGAAGUCCCCUGGCGGCUCGUCGGAGGGCAGGACGCAGACCAAACUCAGCCUCAACCCCAUCUACAGACAGGUGCCCCGCGUGGUGGAGAGGUGCUGCAAUCACAUCGAGACGCACGGUGAGACACUCGGAGUCCCUGAACAGAGUGAACUCGUUAACCUGAAAACAGUAAAUGUUGAAGUCUUAGAGUGAAUUUAUUUAUGUAAAUGUAAAAAUAGAAAUCUUUGUUAAUGUAGGAAAAUAAAAACUAUUCUCUGUUGCUCUGUCUGGUGUCUCCAGGUCUUCAGACUGUGGGGAUUUUCAGGGUUGGAAGCUCAAAGAAGAGAGUCAGACAGGUGAGGAGGACUUCUUUCUGUUUCAUGUAUUUGGGUUAUCUAAUAAUAAUAAUAAUAACAAUAAUAAUAAUAAAAAAAAUAAUAACAAUAAAGUUAAUAAAAAUGUAUAAUAUGUAGUAAUAAUAAUAAUAAUAAGUAAUAAUAAUAAUUAUAAUAAGUAAUAAUAAAAUAAAAAUAAUAAUAUAGAUGAUAAUAAUAAUAAUAAUAAUAAAAUAAUAAGUAAUAAUAAUAAUAUAUAAUAUGUAGUAGUAAUAAAUAUAAGUAAUAAUAAUAAAAACAAUAAUAAAAACGAUAAUAAAAUAAUAAGUAAUAAUAAUAAUAAUAUGUAGUGGUAGUAGUAGUAAUAAUAAUAAUAAUAAUAAUAAUAAUAAUAAUACUAAUAAUAAAAUAUAUAAUAAUAAAAAUAAUAACAAUAAAGUUAAUAAAAAUGUAUAAUAUGUAGUAAUAAUAAUAAUGAUAAGUAAUAAUAAUAAUUAUAAUAAGUAAUAAUAAAAUAAAUAUAAUAAUAUAGAUGAUAAUAAUAUGUAAUAAUAAUAAUAAUAAAGUUAAUAAUAAUAAUGUAUAAUAUGUAGUAGUAAUAAUAAUAAGUAAUAAUAAUAAAAACAAUAAUAAAAACGAUAAUAAAAUAAUAAGUAAUAAUAAUAAUAAUAUGUAGUGGUAGUAGUAAUAAUAAUAAUAAUAAUAACAAUAAUAGUCACAAUCACAAUCAUAAUAAUAUAAAAUUAUAAUAAUAAUUAUAUUAAUAUUAAUAAUAAUUGUUAUUAAUAUUAUUUAAUAUAUCAUAUAAUAAUUACAUUAUUUAGACCACUGUAUGGAUUAAACAUUCUAUGUAUAAGACAUGACAUUAAUUUUCAAAUUUCUAUAAAUGUUUAAAUAUCAUUAUCAUAAUAUUUUAAGUCCAUGUUAAUCAUGAGGAGAAAAUCUGAUAUGGGUUCAGUUCUGGGUCGUGACAUUUCUGUUAAACCCUCCUGUGACUCGCUCUCCUUCACUUCGUGUCCCUCUCCUCUGGACUUCUGAGGAUAAAAAUAAAUCUGCUGUUUAAAAAAAAAAAAAAAACUGAUGAUGCCUGGCAUCCUGUUUUUGAGAAAUCUCAUCCACUGGGAAAAAGCGACCGCUGUUUCACCUCCGUGAGUCAAUCUCUCUUUGGGCAAAUUCAAAAUGGGUCCAAUUCUCCUCAGCUUCGUGAGGACUUCGACAUGGGCGUGGACGUGCAGCUGGACGAGGAGCAGAGCGUCCACGAUGUGGCGGCGUUGCUGAAAGAGUUCCUCAGAGACAUGCCGGACCCUCUGCUGCCCCGAGAGCUGUACCCCUCCUUCCUGCACGCCAACCGUAUGCACACAUACAUUUACACACAUAUACGCAGAUACACAACAGUUUUAUCAAUCAGACUAAAACCUCUUCAUCUGUGUUUCCUCUAGUGCUAAGAGGAGCAGACCAGCUCCAGUACCUGCAGCACCUCCUCUACCUGCUCCCUCCGUGUAACUGUGACACUCUGCUGCGCCUCCUCAGUUUCCUCCACACAGUGCAGAGCUACGCCCAGGACAGCAUCGGGACCAACGACGAGGAGGUACCGCACCGAGUCCUCUUCACUCAACAGGUGUCACCAUUCGUAAAAGCAUCAAUAACCUUCUUCUCCUCUUACUCCUCUUCCUCAGAUCUGUGGAAACAAGAUGACAGCAGCGAACCUGGCCGUGAUCUUCGGUCCGAACCUGCUGCAGAGAGAGAAAGGAGAAGUGAGUCCUCACGCCAUCGGGAUCGAGGACAGCACGUCCAUCAUCAGCGUGAUUCUGGUGCUGAUCCAGAACUACAAGAGGCUCUUCACGGUACAAACCAGCAGAACAUCACAGACACAUAAACAGCUGUCGGACCUGGUUAUGUGAUCGUUGAGAGGAGAGGCUCGAGAGAUGAAUGUUGCCGACCGCUUGCUUCUCUAGUUAUACCAACUUUAGUUACGACCGCACGAUAGCAAUACACAGCGGUCUGAGGAGCCAUAAACAAACCUCAACCAAAACGCCACUUUACAACCACAAAUAAUGCUCAGAACAGCACCUAACUUCAUCAACAGGACAUAUAGGGUCACAGCCAAAGUACUAGCCAUCAAACAUCCUUUUAACUUUGACUAAUUUCUUUAGCAAAGAGACUAAACACAACUCACCUACUCUCUUCCAGCAGCCGCUUGUUUGUAGCGAGACCUCAGGUGAGUCCAUUAUGGACUACAGCGGGGUGCCGCAGCUCAAGAAAGAACAUUAGACCUUUUAAAACUGAUGUGCAGGCAGAAUAAAUGCAGCUAUAGCACCACCUAGCUGUGAGAGACGGGAAUUUGAAGUAUUGAAGUAUUACAAAUAAGGCAUAAAGGUUUAUUUUUUCAAAGUAAAUGUUGUAAUGCCAAUUUAAUAUUUUAGGUCUCAAUACAGAGUGAUCUGUAAAAGUUUGAAAAUCUGAAUCUUUAAAUGGACUGAUUGUAGUUAAGGUUAAAUAAACCUUCAUUUUGAACUUUUUCUUUCCGCAGCUUUAAAAAUCAUUUCUUUUCAAGCUUUAAAUUUGCAAUUUUUUUUAUUCCAAUUCAAAAUGUUUUUGCUGAAAAAUGUCCAACAAUUUUUGGGAAAAAUCUAGAGUAAGAAUAAAAAUAACUAGUUUCAGUGUUAAUGUUGUUGAACUGUAUUUUCUAUAUUUUUGAAUAAAAAGUCUAAAUAAUUAAAAAAUAGUGUAAUAAAAUAGCAAGAAAAUUCACUUUUCUUAUGAUUCCUUUAUUGUUUUUUUGUUGUUGUUGUUGUUGUUGUUUUUUUUUUAACUUUUUAGACUAAAUUUAUUUUAUGCCGGAAUAUCCCUUUAAUGUCUAUGUGUCUCAAAAACUCCUCACUGGAGCUUUAAAUCACGUGUGAAUAUUGUUUCUUUAAACAACUGUCUUCUGUUUGGCUGUGCAGGUUUCUGCAGAGCUGCAGCAGGAGGUCCUGAUGAGUCUGAUCCAGACAGACCCCGACAUCAUCGACUACCUGCUGCGGAGGAAGCUCAGGUAACCAUGACAACCAGCCUGAAUUCACCCCAAAUAAGUCUAAACAGGCCGCUAACAUCUGUGCGUCUGUCUUCUUACUUCACAGCGGCAGCCACCUGACCAUGGAGAGCAGCAGCGAGACGGGAGGAGGAGGAGGAGGAGGACGGCGGGACACGGGGGCGUCUCUGGACUCUGUCGGCGCGUCCAGUGGGAGUUUGUCUCCUCUGGAGCCGCCGUCUCCGCUGUUUCCUCCUGAUGGUAGCGGCGGUGAGGGCAGCCUGACCAGCGAGGUUUUCCUUAACGUGCUCAAACUGAACCAGAACAGGAAGAGACAGGAGCACAGAUACGGUAUGGUACACAUGGUGGUUUUAGGUCUCAUUCUGUGCUUGGCUCAAGGCCGCAGUGUCCUCACUGAGUCAUUUAUGUAGGAAUGUGAAAACUUGAAAUUAAAUUCACUGUUUAAAUCUGUUAAUGUGAACUUUAUAAAGGCUGUUGUAUCUAUAUUUACAAGUUUGCACCUUUUCAAAGAGACUAUUUGAGGCUGAGAGAAGUUUAAAAUGAGUCAAAGUGAAUCAGACCGUCUUUGGAGUUCAGUUUUAAAUGUGUUAUCACAGAUUAAGAGUUUUCAAAUGUGCUUUCACUGAUGUAUCUGACAGUUUUUGUGUGUGUGGGAUGAAAACUAAGUCCUCUCUGUUCCAAACUACAUUUUUAAAACUGAUGUGCAGGCAUCAUAAAUGCUGCUAUAGCACCACCUAGCUGUGAGAGAUGGGAAGUUAAAGCAAGUGUUACAAAUAAGACAUAAAGGCUUAUUAUUCAUAAAUGUUGUAAUGCUAUUUAAUAUUUCAAACCAUAAUACAUAGAGAUCUGUAUAGGUUUAAAAGAUUACUUUAAGAUUUAAUGUUUUUUAAAGCCCUAAAUUGACUGAUUUAAGUUUAAACCAUCAUUUUGAACAUUUCCUUUCUGCAGUUUUUAAAAAUAAUUUCAUUCCAAGCUUUUAAUUUGAGUUUUUUUUUAUUCAAAAUGUUUUUGUUUAAAUUUUUUUUUCUUUUUUUUGACACAUUGAUUCUGAAUAAUUUUUGCAAAUUUUUUUUACAAGCAUUUAUACCCAAUUUGUUUUGAUGAUAAAUGCUUAGUUUCAAAAUUUUGUCAAAGACACAAUUUUUUAAAACUUAAAAAAAUAUGUUUCAAUAUAAGUAAGCCUUUUUUGUCUUUUUUUAUGUCCAACUUUUUUUUUUUUUUGAAAAAUUUAGUUUAAGGAAAAAAAUUGCUAGUUUCAGUUUUAGUGUUCUUGAGACGUAUUUUCUACAUUUUUUUUAAAGAAAAAGUGCAAAGAAUAAAAAAAUAGCGUAAAAAUUUGAGAAAAUGCACUUUUCAAAUGAUGCCUUAUUUUCAUUUUAUUUUUCAGUUUUCUUUACAGAUUCAAGAAUAGCUGUUCUUCAUAUCUCGCCAGAAUUUUUUUUCACACUUUUUCACUUUUCAAGAAUCUAGUUUAAAAAAAAUGGCUCUUCUAUUUCAUGCCUAAGUCUUUCUCCAUUUUGAACAGACAUUUGAUAAAUCUAAUUUACAAGUCUGUGAAUUUUUUAAAAAAGUAGGCUUUUAAAUUCUCCAUUUAAAAGUUCAAUGAUGUUCAUUAUUAGUUCUGUCUUUUGUUUGAUAAAAAAGAGGUGUAAAAAAAUGGGCGCUGAUAGUUUUCCAAAAAUGGAAAACAACAUUUCAUACCAAAGUAAAUGUGCUUUUCCCUGUUCCGUCCACUAGGUGACGUCCCUCCCGGUAAAUCCAUUCGCCACAUGCGUCAGUUCCACUCCCACCACAACCUGCUCAGCCUGGCUCAGCCCUCCUCCUCCUCCUCCAGGGUCCACUGUCAGGAUUCGGACGCCUCGGACCGCAGGGGGCCGCUGGGACACGCGCUCAGCUUCACGUUGGGGGGCAGCGGGAGCGGCAGCUGCAACAGCCUGAGCGGCUCGACGGAGAGCAGCAUCUGGGUGAGACAGACGCCGCACGAGGAGAGCAAAGCGAGCACGGUGUCGAACUUCUGGGACUUCUUCACCGGGAAAGGGUCGGGCUCGGAGACGAUGGUAUGAUGAAGGACGAAAAGAGGAAGAAAAAGCUUCAAGAACGGAUCCGAAUUUUUGUUACAUUUACGAAUGCUAACAGUAGUCCCGAAAAGUCUAAUUUGGUGCUGAGAAAUAUUCAAUCCACAUUUUGCGAGAGAGCACCUGUUGCAUGUAAGUUGGAAUUUCCCGCUUGAACACAGCGUAAGUGUAAAUGUGAAGUUUGGACACAUAAAGCAUGAGGAAACCAGGAGAUGAGGAUAAAAAAAAAAAAAAAAGUAUAAAACUGUUUUUGCAGAAGACUACCUACAAUGACGAUACAAGAAGCGCAUAAAUGUACAAAAUUUUACAGACGUACAAAAACGUACGUAAACGAAGGAAACGCGACUCUACGAACCUGUUAAAAAUCUUUGUCUGUGAUGGAUGUAAUAAUAUCUCCAGUGUAUAUUAUGUGUAUAUGAUGUCUUCAUUAUUCAAAGAACCCUUUUCUUCACUAAUAGGAACCUCACUGAGAACUCUACAUGAACUCAUGUUCCGGAACCUUCUGUUUCUUUGAUGUUUUUUUUUUUUUUUUUUCUAUAACCUGCAUUAAGCUGCGUUCUCUGUAAAUAAAAGCUACAGUUGAAAAAAAGAUGAAUGACUUUCGGAACUUUAAAACAUCAAAGACUCAAAAAGAUCAAAGAAAGGAACUCGUUCUAUACGCAAAAGAACUUUACUUUUAUUUGGUGAUCUGUAACUCAUUUUACGGUUUUUUUUAUAUCAGGGUUGGGGGGCAACCGCCAUUCCGACAUCCCGCCAUUCCGACAUUGGUCUCUAAUUGUCGGAGUGGCAGCAUGUAACCAUCAUUGUUACAUCUGGACGAUGGAAUAUUAGGGCCACAUUAAGAAAAAAAAAAGUAAUUAUUUUAUUAUGACUUCAUUCUUGUAAGUAAUGAUUUAAUUAUGACUUUAUCCUCGUAAGUAAUGAUUUUACUAUGACUUUAUUCUCGAGAUUAAUUACGAAGUCUUCAAUUUUUGUGGCCCUUAUACUCUGUUGUACAUCUGGGCUAAAUUUAGUUGAAAUCAUAUUUCUACCUUGUAAGUGGGGUAUAAUGUAAGAUAUUUAUAUUACUUUGCUUUUAACAUUCGACGAUCAACUCAAGAUAUAAACAUGCUUACACUACGUAUAAACACAAAAAUUCAGCUGAAGACUAUUAAUAACAAGGAUGACAGCGGGUAAAGGAGCAUCAAUAUUUAUAUUUGGUUAUGGAUUACUUGGAGUAUUUUUAUCAUCUUAAACUUGACUGAAAUUGCACCGAUUGUUUACGAUCCCCCAGAUUUGGAAUUUUUCCACAUUCAAAUUUCGUGGUUUCAGGAUGAUAAGAGUCUUAAAUUUAACCCAAGUUGAGGCCAAAUUGUUUCUGAUUUACAAAUCACCAAAUAAACAUCUAUUUGAGAUUUUAGCAUGUUGACUUUUUUCAGGGGCCGGCUCCUCUGACAGAUUAGAUUUCUGUAAGCGUGUUUUUGGAUCAUCAGAUGGUCAGGCUGGACCUACCUCUAUCAGAGCUAGCAGGACAUAUCUCACUCAAAGAUUUAAAGAAAAAUGGAAGUGGAAGCUGAUCAAACAGGAUUCAAAGCAUGUGUUACUCUCAAAUGACAGGCAACUGUUCACGGUUACACCACAAGAGGGCGCCAACUGUGUGAUCAGCUCAACCUGCCAUCAGACUCACUGAAUGUUGAAACUCGUCUUUAAAUGUGUGUUUUUGGAUGUUUCUAUUGUUGUACAAAGUCUUUCCAUCAUUCAAGCCUGUGUUUCCUAAACAAAAACACUCAUAUUCAACAGAUUGUGUCCUUCAUUCCUGCAGUUUUCGGACUCCAAACAUGGUAUAUUUUUCCUCUUUUUGUAUUUUUUUCUUUGUGAAAUGUUUUCUAUAUUGUUGUUUAUUCCUUCAAGAACCUGAACCAGAGCUUGUACCACCUACCUGCAGAGAAUUAAACGUCUUUCUGCCUCUGCAUGAUGUUGAUGUGGAGUCUUUUGGGAGGGAAGAGAUCUGAGUCACUGCACUCUUUCUGCUAAAAACACAAUACACCAGAGUUUCAGUCAUAUUUUGGCCGGGAAACAAACGUCUGAGAGGCAACAAGGUGAGUCAGAAGAUAAAAACCCUCGUGGGAAGAUGAUCUCAUGCAGGCAAAAAGCUUUCUCAUUAUGUCUUAUACCUCAACUGCUUUCAUUUGAUUCACAAUGCUCUUUUUUUACUGCUCUGUCUUCUCUGCUAAAAGAAAAAAAAAAACAUCUCUUCAACUGCAGCAUCUUCUUUUACAACUGUGGGCUCUAUAUAAGAGGAAAACACUUGUUGCUGCAACCGAUCCAUCACAAGUAAAUACAAGUUAAAUCACUUACCUUUCAGUUUCAAAUGUUGAAUAUUUCAGGAUUGAAACUACAACAUUUUCCACAUUUUUCAACUUUAGGAUACAAAUACGUCAAUUACUAGAAAUGUCCUAGAGGCUGGUAGAAAAUUACCAUCCUGUUCGAAAUCUUUAAUCUUUUCUAAAACCUCAUUUGUCUUUUAAACUAAAUGACUAAAACAGGUGGGAAUCAGGAAACCAUAUUUCCGAGUAAAAUCAACAGAAACCAUCAACAGAUGGUCCUUUUUUUUCCUCUUGACCUAUGAAUUGAGAAAGAGAGAAUUGGCAGAAAAUAGUUCAUCAAACUUACCGUAACUGCUGGGAAAUUUUUUUAAAAUACUUAAGAAAAAUAAGGUUGUGGCUCAAGAAAAGAUUUGGUUUUAAAUGUUUUGGCUAAAAAUACUGUAAUAAUAGUUGAAAAAAUUUUGUCUGGUAAAAAAUUGUUCAAAAUAAAUUAAGAAACGUUUUUUGCCCUCAAAAAAUUUCAACCUUUAAAAAGAUUGCUUGGGGUGGCAAUAAAAAAGUUUUGGUUAAAAUUUUGUCUUUUUAACAAAAAAUCUUGGUGAAAAAGUGCUAAGGGUGGAGAAAAAAGGCUCUUAAACAACAACAAAAAAGCUAAAACCAUGUUUUUACCUUAAAAUAAAAUUACAAAAUUUAGAAAAUGAAGUGGCAAAAAAAAGUUUUGGUGAAAAAAUUUGGCUUUAAAACUUUUAACCAAAAGAUGUUUUGUCAAAAAUUGUUUGACUUUGAAAGAGUUUCACCAAGAAGUUGUUUCAGCUCAAAAUUUUUUUGUCACAAAUAGUUCAGGUUAAAAAGAUUCAUCGCUAAAAUAGUUUUGGCAACACAAAUGUGCUUCGACUUACAAAAGGUUUUGGCUGAAAACUUGACUUUGAAGAAACUGAGUCUUGCUGUUUAUCAACUGAAAGUUUGUGAAACUAAAGUUUUUGCUGGAUUUGGAUUUUUGUUUUGAUCUAAGAAACAUACAAAUGAAUUUCCUCAUUUUGGGGAGGAGAUGUUUUUCUCACACCACUUCUGUUACCACAGAAAAUAUUUGAGAAAAUAGAACAGUCGCCUUCCUGUUUGUCCUGAGAUGACUUAUGAUUCGGUGCCACACAAAUAAAACUUAAUUGAAAAAUGAAAAAGUCCCGGCUGAUAAAAUGCAGCUCCUCUGCCUCACAUGACUUGCUCUGAGGAGAAACUACAGGAGGAAUGAAAACCUAGGAAAAAGUUUUAGGUUAUUCCAUCUUCAAAACCAGUUUGUGUUUUAUUUCAAACAGUUUGGACACCAUCAGAACCAGCCAUCAUUCCCAAACUUCACUGCAUCUACAUGGAUUCAAAAUGAACUUCAGACAGCAGUGUGUGCAGCAGCAGCCUGACAACAACACCGACAAAACAAGAAAGAUCGAAGUCUUGAAGCUAAACAGUCUGUGAAGUUGGUGUCCAGUUAAUAAAAUCCUUCAAAUUUGAGUGAAAACACUUCGUUCUGUUUGAGAAAGGAGACACAAUAAGAGCAGAGAAGACUCAAUGAGUUAGAUUUUUCACCCGCUGUCUGCUGUGCUUUAGUCGGACUCUUAACUCAGGGGAAGUCUUUCUCAAAUGGAAAAACACCAAGUGCUUUCUGAGGUUUUGAAUUAAAUCAAACAAAUUCUGUUUGGGUUGUUUGUGAGGCUGCUGCCGCUCUGCACACCAGUUACAACAAACAGUCUGCGAAAUAUCCGGAGUGUUUCUGACACAUUCAGCCACUUUUUCACCCUUCAAAACAAAUACAUUCUUUGUGAGUUUGGAAAAAAAAAAAAAGUGGAGUGACGCAGAUGAAUAAACCUCGAAGGGACAUUCGAGAGAGCAGACAAUAUAACUUAAAACUGUUAAAAAGGAAAAAUCCACCCGCACACACGUCAGUUUUUGUUACUCCGUCGUUAUCAUCGCUUCUACUUUUCCAACUUCAUCAAAUCAUCACUUCGAUCAGUCAUGGACUUUUAGUCACUAAAUAAAAGUUUUUAAUCAUAAAAAAAAUGUCAAGUUAACUGUGAGUUUAAGAAAAAAUCUGAGGUAAAUGGAGAAACUUUGUAAAUGAGGUCAUAAAAUCUGAAACUACAGAAAAAAGCUCACACUCUACGCCGAUGACACCAUGAUGUAUCUUCCAAACAGGUAACAGUUUUCUUUGCUUUCACUGAUCUGUUUACAUCGAUAGUUAUCAUUUUAAAGACCAGAUUUAUUUAACAUGCAUUAGGCAGUGUAUCUGAGUCAAAAAUGUUUGUUUGCAGUUGGUAUUUUUUCCAGAUUCAGGCUACUCUUUAUAAUAUUUUAUUCAGAAGCAGUGGAUAAGAACUGAAAACCGUCUCAUGCAUUUAAAGGUUCUUGAACAUAAUAAUACCUCAAGGUGCGUCCUCAACAUACGACCUUAAAUUCACUAGAUCUACAUCAGUCAAAAACUUUAAAAUUAUCUGAUCUUUGUGAACUCUAAAGUGGAUUUUUCCUUCAACACAGUGAUGUACAAGUCAGUUUUUGGUCUGUUUCUUCUUUGAAUACAAAACUUUUUCAAAAGUUUUUUUAUAUAUCAAUGACAGUCUUUUGUUAAUCAAACAGUUAGCAGUUAGUUUACUUUGGGAAGUUUGUUUUGGGCUGUCUGGGAUGCCAUAUAAGUAGGUAGAUCUUGUUACUUUUUGAGCACCAGUCCAAUUGAUUGAUUACAAGAAUAGAUUUUUUUGUUUUUGUUAACAUAUAGCAUCCACUAAUAUUUCCUAUCUAGAUUUGCUGAUUAUUUCAAGCAAGCAAAUAUUUUUUUCCAAUAAUAACAUCUGUAUUUAUGUACACAUCAACAUCUCUCAUCAAAAACCUUCAAAUUAAAAGAAAAUAAUCUUCAAAACGCUGCCUACGCAACAAUGGUAGACGAGUAAAAUUAGUGAAAUAUAUCAAAAACAAGUGGAACAACUGAAAAAAAAGAAGAUACAUGAACACUUAAAAUAAUAUUAAUUAUAUUUAAAUAAGCCUUUCAAGAGCCUUAAUUCAACAUUGUUUUCGAACACAGUCCAGAAAUUUCCGUUUUCUUAAUGGCUGAUGAGGAAGAACGAUUUCCAUGAAACUGUAUUUUAUAGAAAAAUUAACUUCAGACUGUAACUCCAACCUUUAUCUCUAAACUUGUGUUUUUGUGCUUUAUUUUGAUCAUUCAUGCCAUGAAUAAAAACUGAUAUUUUUUUGUAUUUUAAGCCAUUUGCAACCAAAAACUACAAAUUGACUUUUAUUAUUGUAGAGCUGAUGGAAAUGAACUGGAUUUACCCUCCCGUUAAAGAUUCAACCACACACAAAAAAAACUCUUUCAUCUACAAUAAUUCAGUUUAAGAGCAGCAAAGAUGGUUUUGGAAAUAGUGUUGAUAACCCAGUGAAUUCAGGACAUAAUCAAAAGUUGCUCCGUUUCCUGCUUUCAUUUGCAGUAUUUUAAAAACUAUAGUAAAGACUUUAAUAAAGUAGAGUUUGGAUAUGUUUAUGCUGGCAGUGCUUUAACUUACAGAGCACAGGAAUCAUUCGGGUCAGAGUUAUAUCAUCCAUUUUAACCCAAGUUUGUCAAUUUUUUCACUACUUUACCGGCUACAUAGUAAAGUUAUGGAUCUGUCACUUUAAACUCGACUUCUAGGCAGUAGCUACCAUCCUCACUAGGGCCUGUGUCCAUUAACAAUUCAGCUCGAAGGCCUCAGCUUCAGCGUUUUCUGUAAAAAAUAGUUCAAUUUUUGGGAAAACAGCCAACAAUGUCACUUCGCUGAUGCUGGCCAAUCCAAACAUUAAAUAAAAGUGUUUUGAAAUUGACAGUUGUUGAUGGAAACAGGCCCUUACAAAACAAACCAAUCAAAUUGUUUUCCUACUUAAAAAAUCCUUGAAAUAGGAAUGUUUUCUGAUUUUGACUGAUUUUGGAAAGUCUGAAAAGUCUAAAAAAAAAAACCACAAAAUGUUAUUUUUUUUUUUUAUAAAAUCAGAGCCACCCCCCUCUAGGGCCUGUGUCCAUUUACUAGGGGCAGCUCAAAGGCCCCUAGCAUCAGCAUUUUCUGUUAAAAAUAAUUCAACUUUUGAAUAACAGCCAAAAAUUUCACUUCACCCCAACUGGCCAGUCAAAACUUUAAAUAUAAGUAUUUUGAAAUUGACAGUUGUUGAUGGAAACAGGCCCUUAAUGCAAAACAAACUGAUCAAAAUGGUUUUCCUACUGAAAAUCCUUGAAAUUUGGAAGUUUUCUGGCACAUCAAGAUUAUAGUUAUACUGAUUUUGGAAAGUCUGAAAAGUCUAAAAAAAAAUGUAAUUUUUUAAAAAUCAAAUCAGAGCCAUUUUGAAUCGAAUUUCAAAUUAAGAAACCAAACAAAUUCAAGCUAAGGUUAUGUUAAAAAACUGCCAGCAAACUCAGAGAUUUCCAAACUCUACCAGAACUGAAUUUUAACUUUUAUUGAACUUUUGCAGUUUGGCUUCAAAAUAAAAGCCUCAAAUCUUCAGCUGCAAACUUACGGAGUCAAAAGUGCUUUUCUUGUCUCUGCAGGAAAGAGAGAACUUCAGAUUAUUGAAACGUGUCUGACUGCAGCCUUAAACUGCACUUCAACAUCCUAAUGAAAGCUGAAACCCUCAACAACUGAAAACUAUAAACGUCUUAAAAGUUCCCGUCACUUUUAGGAGUGAGGAGGUGAGCUUCAUCGCGUACUUGGGGCAAUAGCUUGGCAGUGUGAAAACAUACUUCAAUAAAAAUAAGAAAAAAAUUCCUACAUUUGGUUUGUUUGUGCGUUGAGGUGACGAAGAAGGAGGAGGAGGUUGGUACCCAUCAGCAGGUUCAAGCAAACAGUACAGGCUUUCAAAUGGUUCUUUGUUCUUGAUUUAGUGAAUUUUAACCCAUUUAGGAGAGUUAGAGGACGCUUUCAGCCACCAUCUCCACAUCAGCAGACUGUCCACAUCUCUGCUUCAAUUUAAGAUUCUGGACGUGAAAAAGAAGAGGUUAUGUAAAAGGUCUGACAGCGUGCCAAAGCUGCAGCUGCAGGACAGAAAAGCACUCCAGCCUCUCCAGUUCAAAUUUGCCAGCGUGUGAUUGGUGGAUGGUGAUGAACAGCUGCAGCAGGAGUGUGUGUGUGUGUGUGUGUGUGUGUGUGUGUAUGUGUGUGUGUGGAGGUGUUUUUGUCCAGGAAUAAAGCUUUAACUGAGAACAAAAAUGACAAAACACACAAACAUUCAGCCUGAAUGUAGUGUGGGUAUCAGGUCUGACUGAAAGAGGAGGAAGGUUUUGGAUUGUGUCCCUUUAAAAAAGGACACACACACAUGUGCGUAUUUUGGCUUUUUGAAAAAGUCAAACAACGUCAAAUUGAAAGUAAAAUCGGAUAAAGCCGAUUUGUUAAAAAAAAAGUUGGCUCGCUCUGAUGUUCGAACACCUGGUCGCUCUUUUGUUUGACGCGUCCUCGUUUGGAUUUUCACACAGUGGCACCGAAAACGUGACCUGACAGAUUUUCAGAAUAAAAGCGGCUACUUUAACUUAAUUCGCUGGCCAGCUUUUUCGAAAUAAGAGCUUCAAUUUCCUUCACGGCAGAGCCAGUUAUAAACAGAUUUUGUGAUAUUUCUGAUUUUGUGGAUCGUUAGUUUUUAUCUUUUUUCAUGUUUCUAAUAUUUCUUUUAAUUAAAGACGAUAAAUUUUAUGAAUUUUUAUCUGUAACUCUCGUUUUGUUGUUUGCGCUACUUUAUUACAGAAAAUUCAGGACUAGCAUCACUGCACGGCAAUAUCUUUUUUUUUGUUGGAUGGUAGGGAAAAGUCCCGCCUCCUUCGCCUCUGAUUGGCUAGAAGAGCUGGAAAGGUCAUCACACGCUCAAGCCAACACGGGCUCGCACUUCUGAAUCUCCUACUCCUAACCUGACAGACGAUGAAGUUACACAGCCCUUAGGAAUAGCCAAUCGGAGCCCAGCACUUCUAGCCAAUCAGAGACCAAGGUGGGUGGGAACUUCCCCUCACAUCCAAAAAAAAAAAAAUUUCGCUCACCGCACGUCGCUCUUUGCUCUCCAAUCGCCAAUGGUCAUGUAAUUGUUUUUAAUGAAGCAGGUGGGACGUCUAAAACGGCUCUUAAGUACUUUUUUUAAGUUAACUGUGGUUCGGGUGUGUUAGCAUGGAGCUAAUUUAGAAUUGUAUAUGUGCACAUGUAAAAAAAAAAAAAAAAAAAA